GAUCCUGGUAGCAGUGUGGCAGGACUGCUAGCUGUGUGUGCAGAGGUGGAAAGCUGUUUGCUGAUUUGUCCUGACUGUUUUGCGACUUGUAGACUUUAAACUGCUGAAAAUGAAGUCUGCGCUCGUCUCUCUUCCUCUGUGUGAGCCAGAGAAGUCAGCCUGUGGACUCUAGCGGAAAAAGCUUUUCUGGUCCGAGUUUGAUCAGUCGGUCUUCCUGUCAGCAUGAAGAGCAGUAACCAACAGUCUAUAUACAAUAUAUAGUAUACUCUAGAUAUCUACAAUGUAUGUAUUUUUAUAACUUCAUCAAAAAACUUUGAAAAUCGGUAGAUUAAUCGGUAAUCAGACCAGACUGAGAUUACAGUCUCAAACUCUACAGAUAUUCCAGAUUUGACCUUUUCCUUUCCAUCGUAUCAUCCUGUUGGACUUCUUUGAGCGUUCUCAGUUAAACUAACAUCUAAACAAACUUCACAUUUUUUUAAUGGAUUGUCUUGCAGGGCUGGUUAGGUGAGAAAUUAUCCUGAGACAGUUAACCUGAUGGAUGUUAAGAGGAGAUAAUUUGGGUGAUAACUGUCAGUCCUGUUUUCUGAAUCAGUGGUUUGGAUAAUUGAGUUAAACUAGAGAGUUAUGACGACCGAAGCUGAGAGGAAAAUGCUGAAAAUCAAAUUUAGGGUGAAUUUUUAGACGAGGUUAGAGCCGUAAAUCUUUCAUGAUGACUCUGCACUGAGUAUUUUAGAGUUAAUAUCAUUAAUGUUUGAUAUAUUUAGUCAGGGUGGUAAAGAAAUAAAACAUCGUUAUGCACGCUGAAGGAACAUGUUAGGAUGUUGAUUUUAGCAUGUAUGGUUGUUUCCACGCUUGUUGUAGCGACAGUUUAUCGUAUCCGACCCAAUAUUAUGAAGGACAGAGUUGAGGCUGAACUUCCACUUUCUCUCAGCACGUUUUUAUCGAUAAUAAAAUAAUGUAAACAUGAAUGUAAAAGCUGAGGGAGCUGUCAGGUUCUCUCCUUUCAGCACAGCUAAAAAUAUCAGGGUUUGUUUUCCCUCGUCUGAAGAGUCUAUUCGCAGCGCUCCAGUCUUUCCUGAGUGUGAAAACAAACUUUCAACAGAGCUGAGGAGAGAAUCCAUCUCACUGAAGUUUCACCCUCUUCUCUCUUUUUCUUCCCUGUUUUCAUGUCAGAGCUGCGGCGUGUUUCCUGUCAGAGACUCACACCAGAAGUCGUCUCCUCCUUCAAAUAUUCCUGCUGAAAUGAUGAGGAACAAGCAAAUGUCAACACGUCUAAUGAGAGACUGCAGCAGCGAAACCAGAGGGAGGAAUCUUCAGAGGUAAAGUAGAUGGAGAAGAAUAAACUCUGAAUGGAGGAGGUUAGGAGUUGUAUCUCUAUUAGAGUGAUUCAACUGUUCAUCUGCACGUGUGCGGAGGAGUAUUAGAGGAAAUGAGAGGAGGGAGGAACCACAUUUAGGAAUAAAAGUCAUAAAAACUUGCACAUCAACAGUUUAUUUGUCAGACUUCUCUUCAGACGUCUCUCAGUCCAGUUUGCUGGUGUCGUUUUGAAGUCCAGUACUGAGGUUCCAACUCUCCAAACAUCUCCACAAAUCUACAGUCCCUCCUGAGGUCCACGUGGCCGACCUGACCCUUUUCACACACUUACAAAAGACGAAGUCACUGAGAGUUUUUUUUUUUUCUCCUCUUAUUUAAUUUACUCAAACACUUUGACCUUCUGACUUUGAGUUUCAACUUUUUUAGUUCAGUCUUUUUUAAUUUAAUUUGGACUUUUUUUCCUCCUAAUUAAAUUUCUGCUUUUUCUCUCAACAUUAAAUUUAGCGUUUUUUUCUCAAGAGUCAAUAAAGAUGUUUUAUAGAGAUUUUUUUUUGAUACUGAAUUCUGAAUUAUUUUCUCAGAAGUAAAUUUCAACAUUUGAAACUUUGAAUUUUGACAUUUUUUCUGAUUAAAAUAUUGUCUCAUUUUUCUCAAAAUUGAAUUUCCGUUUUUUGUCUUAAUUUAAACAUUUACUCUCAGUAUUAGAAUUAUGAUUUUAAUAUUCACUUCUUCUGUUUUUUAAAUGUUGACCUUUUCAACUUUGACAUUUGCCUUUUUUUUAAAUUAAAAGUGAAUUUUUCUUUUUUAAACUUUGAAUUGAUUUUUUUCUCUCUGGUUUCUACUUUGAACUUCUUUAAAAUCCUUUUCUUUAAACUUUAUUUCUUAAUAGGAAUUUUUUUUAGUUUUCUGAAUAUGACUUAAAAACUUAGAAACGGAUUUGUCUCUGAAGACUGAAAUUCAACUUUUUCUCACUGUUGAAUUUGAACAUUAUUUUACUCUAAAAGUUGAAUCCCAGCUUUUUUUUUUUCCUCAAGGACCAUCAUUAAAACAAAGAUUACUCCUCAGUGAGUGUUUUUUUUUAACCUUUGACCCUUAUGCUCCUCCGUACCACGACUCAAAGUUCUGACCCGUGAUAAAUGAAGUCACAGCAGGUUCUCUCCAUGAAGGUCGAGAUCACUCAUUAAUGAACAUUUCUCCAUCUUCAAACCUCGUUAAACCAAAUGAAUCAGCUUAAUAUGACACUUCUGUGUUUUUUUUUCAGUUUUGAAUUUAUCUCAAUUUUUUAUUCAGUAUUUAAAUAUUUUAAAUAAUCUGAAUAAUCUGAAUAAUCUGGUUUUAUUGGCUCCAGAUAAAUCUGCCGUAUCAUUUCUAACCCUCUAAACUCUAGAAGAGACGGCAAAUAGAUCAUCACCUCAUGCACAGACUUACUCGUGCACACACACGCACUACACACAAAAUACACAAAGCACACAAAAACACACAAAACACACAACCUCCUCCUCCUCUUCCUCAGCGUCUUCAGCUGUUCAAUCUUCUCCUUCAGAUGUUGUUGGAGGAGGAGAAUCCUCGUCUCCCCUCCAUUGAUCCUCUGUCCCUCCCCCUCUCUGCUUGCCCCCCCCCCUCUCCCUCUCUCUCUCUCUCUCUCUCUCUCUCUCUCUCUCUCUGGUGUUUUCUGCCGGUUCAGGAGGAACUCUGCUCAGUUUCUCGUCUCGGAGAGUCCCGGCUGCUGAGGAUGGACGCUCGGAUUUUCACCCUGCACGUCCUGACGCUCUGCUGCCUCAUACAGGGUAAGCUUUACACACACACACACACACACACACACACAUACACACCUCAGUCUGUAUUCUGGACACAUUAAAAUCUCCUCAAAUGUGAAAGCUUAAUCUUUACAAAGGAGGAGAAAAAUAACCGAAAAACGACGACAAGUCGCCUCAAAUGAAGGACAAAAUCUAAAAGCCAGAAUCCAGAGGGUCAGAGUUGCUCCCUGAAAUGUUGUUUUCCAAGGAUUCAGAGGUCAAACUGCUGAUUUAAGAACUCUGAAGGUCUGAUUUAGUGUCUCUGAUAUCUGCAGGCGAAUGGAUGAUCCACAAAUAUUCAACAUUUAUAACCGAGGCUGAGAUCAUGAACGGAUCUGUGAAGUGGAAAAUGAAAAGUAUUUUAGAGUUAUGACUUAUUUGUUGUUGUAAAAAGAAAUCUUCAAGUUUGAGGAUGGAAAUAAAGUCUGUCUCUCACCCUGAAGAGAUUCUAGUUUGUGUAACCACCUGUUCACUCGACAUCAUAUCACCUAUUAUCACUAAUAAAAUAAUGGUACGAAAGUGAAUUUUUCAGCUAAAAAAUAGCUUCUUGAAUUUCACAGUCUGUAAUUCUUCCAUGGCAGCAGAUCAGACAAUGAGGAGCAGAGAUACAUCACUAAUGACAAAAAUGAUCCUCUCUGCUUUUUACACGUUUUUAUUAACGUUUCCAGACGCUUGUUCGGCCUUCAACAACGUCAGUCAGUGGUUUUUGAAGUGAUUCUGACGACAUGGACUCUGAUGAGCCCCAUACCAUCAGGGACGCUGGAUUUAGACUGGGAGCGACUCUUUAAAACUGAGGAUGCAGCAUCUAUGAUUUCUAAUUCUGCGUUGAAAAGGACAACUGGACUUAGUCCAUGUGGUGAUUCCCACUCCAGAGUCCUGUCUGUUUUUAAUGCCAUGAAGAUCAGCUCCAUCCAGUCUCGGUUUUGGUCCUUGUCCCCCUUUAGUACAGAGAUUUCUCCAGAUCCUCUGAAUCUUUGAUGAUAUGAUGGACUGUAGACGAUGAAAUCCACUCAGAUGACGAUGGCGUGGAUUCCUGGUUUUAUUUUGGCGUGUUGCUGAUGUGUGUUUGUGAACUGGAUGUAAGUCGAGGUCAGAGAAAUUAUUGAUCAUCUCUGCCGACAUGAUUCUGUUUAGCGUUGUCUGUGAAAUGUCGUCUAUGUCUCCGAUCUGAGGCUGAAAUGUCGGGUUAGGGUGGACAGGAGCUGGAUGGUCACUGGGAUGAUGGCGUUGGUGCGUUUUGUCUCUCUCUCCAACACGGUUGUAAAUCACGGAUCAUAAAUCCAUUCAGAUGUUUUUGGGGAAGCGGAACCUGCUGAGAAUCCACUCUGUGUUCUCAAUGAACUGAUCAGCACUCUCUUUAAAAACACGGUUCUCCAAGUCCUCCGAUGGUCCAAAAUAAGCCAUGAUACUUGUAUUUGUACUUGUCAGACUUCAUCUGAGGUUGUCCUGUCACAGCUGAUUCAAUCAAUAACUAAUUGAUCAGUUUUGUACAGAGGGAACAGAGAACAUGUGUCAAGUCUGAGAUUGUUGAACGCUAUGACUCCUUUAAUGGUUCUAGUUGUAGUUUCACUGUUCUACCACUAGGGUUUGAGUGUAAGCAUGCUCAGAGUUGGACCUUAAUUUACUCACGUUCAGGUUCAUCAAUUCCAGACUUUGCGUGGGAAUGUUCGUACGCACUCUUGACGCACCGUUGAUAAAUGAGGCUCCUGGUUUUACCCGUUUGGUGGCUCCUCUCUAAGAGUCCAACUUUUAAUCAGCUGACGUCUGCUUUGCUCUGCAGUCUGACGUUAAUGUCUCCUAUAUUCAGAUUUUUACUCUGUAAACUGGCGGUCUCUCCCUCUUCCUUUUCUGCAUCUCUCUCAGAUCUAAAUAAGACGAAGAGUCUUUGAUAUUUCCGUUUAUUAAAGGUAUAAUGACUUAGUCUCUCUGUUAAAUGUGGAGCUGUUGCGAGGCAACCAGCAGAGACUCGGCGGAGGUCCCACCUCCCUCUGAAAGGUCACAAUGUUGUUUUCAGAGUUCAGCUCGUCUGCAGAUUACACACAAAGAGAUGUAAUCACAUGUUUAUCCGGAGCUUCUUUCAGUUUCACGGCUCCACGAAGCUCAGAGACGCUUUUAUUCCAGCCUGAGGUUACAUCUGUGUGCAAACAUCUGCAGUCGGAUCAGCUUCCUGCAGAUCAUCCUCUCUGUGUCAGCUGGAGGGUCAUCUUCAAACACAUCAGAGUUUCUAACCGGUUGAUCGUUUCCUAAAGCGCCUCCGUCUUCUUUAUCACUCAGCAGCUUCAUCCUGGUGAUUUGACCAAACUUUUCACCUUGAGAAAAUGUUCAUUAAACUAAAGCGGGUUAAAGAGUCUGCAGGUUAAUUAUUCAAACUUUUAACCGCCAAGCUUCAUUUUUACAUGAAGGUGUCAUCUCUUUAAUAAAUAAUAUUUGACUGAAUGGAUAAAAACUUUUAAGUGCAAACCAGUGUUCUGUUUUUAACUGUCGAUAUUUAGUGUCAACAAAAAUCUUUGAAUCAUUAUAAAAUUGAACACAAAUGAAGUUUCAGAAGAGAGUUAAAGGGCUCGGUUUUAAUGGUUUUAGCGUCAUGAACAGCCAAUUUGGUAAUUUCGUAGACUGAGGCGAACAGAGAGGCGCAAAGCUGGGUGUGGCGGCGCAGACAGAAUCAGUUGGUGCAUUGACAUUUUCUCGCCCGCCAGCGUCGCAUUUAAACCCACUGUGUUGUGGCAGUGUUGAACCCACUCCACGCCUUCUCCCCUCCCUCUCUCCCGACUUGCACCCCUGGGAGGAGCUGAGGUAGAGAGGGGGUGUACUUGGUGCCAGGCUGCACCACUCACCAAAUUACCAAAGUGUGCUUGGGGACGCCUAGUUGGCGCGGCAGACUGGACUAAUGCUGCGCCUGCACCACACCGCCGGCGAGGCACAAAAAUAGAGCCUAUUGAGUAAAGAAACAGCUGAGAGGACACGACUGAAGUCAUGGCCGACUCCUCCUCCUUUAACUAAACCACAAAGUGAACUCGCUGAUGAAUCGCUGACGGUCCUUCAGGUGGGUCCAGUCCACAUCAGGACAGAUUCUUGUGCGGGUUUGAUACAGACUGUCACAGUUAUCUAAAGUGACACCUCUCUGGAGUCAGUGUUCAUUUAUUUUCUGUAUUGUGUUUCAUUUAUAUGAGAGGAUGUUUGUCAGCUGAGACAGCGCUUUGGUCAGCUGUAGUUUCUGUGAAUGAACACUCAGUUCGUUUACAGUCACAGUUUAAUCGGCCAUCACUUGUCUCAGUUUUGGAGACUACAUGUUCCAGAGUUGGUUUCUCUGUUUCCAUCGUCGUCCUGAAUGUCCCGCCCACAGCCCGACACAGAUCUCCGCAGAGUGAAUUUUGUUAUCGAUGUUACCUGACAGGUAAAAAGUUCUAACAUGCUGUGUGGGUCUCCAGGGUCUCUUCAGGGCACGUAUCAGCGCCGCCUCUACAAGGAGCUGAUGAGGAACUACAACCCCUUAGAGCGACCGGUCAACAACGACUCCCACAGCCUGACGGUCCACUUCAGCUUCAGCCUGCUGCAGAUCAUGGAUGUGGUACGAACUACGGCACACACACACACACACACACACACACACACAAACACACACACACACACACACACACACACACACACACACACACACAAACACACAAACGACAGCUCAGAGUUUGUGUCGCUGAGACAUCCUGAACAAAACCGAACUAGAACCCACUUCCACUAAGAUACCAAACCAGGCUUUGGUCUAGUAAUAUGAGACCCCAGAGUUUUAGAGGAAAGGAUGGGACUUCAGUGAUCUCCAGGAAGAAUUAGGAAGACCAGAACCAGGACUGGAUGUUCCUGAUCUUCAGGGCUUUAAAAAACAGACAGGACUCUGGAGUGGAAAUCACCGCAUGGACUCAGAAUCACUUCAGGAACCAUCGACUGUGAACGCAGACAUGAGGUUCAAACUUCAAACCAUGAGAGAGGAGACCAGAUAGAACCAGGAUCCAGAACCACCAGAGACUUCUCUGGACCCGAGUCUGUUAAAGAUGGACCAAGGGGACAACGGUCCUGAGGUCAAGAUAUGAGAUUUGUUUGGAAAGGACAACUGGAGUUAAUUGAGACAUUAGGCGAAACGUCUCAAUUAAGUCCAGAUGUCCUUUCAACAAAGAGCUAGAACUCAUAGAUGCUGCAUCAUUAGGAAGUCUCAAUUAGGUCCAGUUGUCCUGUCACUGUAGAACUGGAAAUCAUAGAUCCUGCAUCCUCAGUUUUAAACAACAUCUCCAGGUUUAGGAGGAACAUCUACGUCCAUCCAGACAAAGACCUUCAGAUGAUCCCAAACCACAUUCUGACAACAGUGUGGCUCUGAAGGAGAAGAGUCCUGGACUGAUGCGGUCCUGCUGAAGAACAGGUCUGUAUCGGACAUGUCGGCGCCGCACAGAUGAAACAAACACGACUAAACGGACAAACGUUUUUCAUUCACGGCUCGCACACAUCAAACAUCCAUUUUCACAAACGAGCCGUCUGAAUCCUGAAAGGUACUGACAGCAGGAGAGCACUUUCAUCUGUACGGUCUCAGCAUGUGACAACACACAUGCACGCACACACACACACACACACACACACACACACACACACACACACAGACUGCAGCACUUUUCCUCGUCUUUGUUUGGUUUCUGAACACAACGCUGCGCUCUAGUCUCAGCAUGACACCAACUCACUGCAGGAAUGCUCUUCACACACACACACACUCACACACACACACACUCCAGUAAACAGACACACACUGUAACACACAGUUUGACCCAGCUGGCGGUAUUAGAGAUCCAAACUGUAGAAGAAGAAGACAGUAAACAGCUGUUAAUACGGGAUGAACCUGGACUCUCUCAGCCUGGAAUAAAACGAUCUGAUUCUGAGAGGUGACAUUGAACGCAUCGCUGAGUUUGUCAAGAAGCUGUUUGUGUUUGUUUUUGCCUCGUGUUUGUGUUUGUCUGCUGAAGGGCGCGCAGGACACGGCUCUGUUGGUUCAGGUUCUUGUUUUUUUAGGCAGAUAAGAGUGAAUCUCAUGAUCCUGGACUUACACACGAUAACAGACCGAUACAUCUGAGUGAACGGAUCAGUUAAAGAGGUGAUUCAGGAUUCCCUCACUGUCCACAGCUCUACUGAAACUGGUUUUGUGUGGGCUCUUGGAGUUAAUCGAUAAACAGUGAGUCAGCGGAGAGUCCAGCUUCAACAAACUUUUCCUUAACUAAGUUUUAACGCAUCAUUUCCUCAUCUCUCUUGAAUGUUUCCGGCUUAUUUCUUUUGCAUUUCAUAGAUUUUAUUUCCCUCCAUCAUUAUUCGUAAGAUCUCACCCCAUUAAAGGUGGUGUAGUCAGGAUCUGAUGAAGGUCCAGUUUUUUUGGACCUGCAACAUCAACUUGCAGGUCAUUUGACUCAGUCAGGACUAUCCAAACGGACUUCUUUGCCCCCUUACCUUUAUUUGGUGGCUUGAUUGUAAGCAGCGCCCUCUAGAGGAUGUAUUUCUUGACAUCUGUUGGAAAUAAGAUCAAGAGCUGUGUUUAAGUCAGUUGCAUCCAUCCCAGCCUGUUUCGCUGCUGCAGGUUUAAAGAUCAAUCUGAUCUAACGUGUGUGAGUUAUCUGCGAUGAUAGGACAUCUCCGCUCCAUAUUGAUGCUUUAAUAUGAAGGAACUAAUUUGGGUUUAGUGUUAAAUUAAGUCUGCAGGAAACUCCCCUGGGGUGAAGCUUCCCAUAUGCACAUACGCCUGCAGCCAGCAGACUUACUUCUGUUAGUCUGUGUUUAAUAACCUGCAGAGUCUGAGAGUAAAUUCAUCUGAGAUCAGAAAAUAAAACGCUGACAACGAGAGUCUGAGCUGCACAUUUAGAGAGAAAACAGCAGGAGAGAGAAAUCGGUGUCAGGAUCUGAUAUUAAUGAGGGAUGAAUUAUUAGAGCGGGGAAUGAAACGGGUUUUAGAGCUGUGUCUUCUCAAAGUGAUCCAAACAGAAUAUAAACAUCAGCGGAUCAAAUCGAGACACAAGGAACAGAUUUAAACAUUUAAUGAUUAGAAAACUAAAAUUAGGAAAGCAGUGAUUUAGACUGCAGCUGGGCCCCUUAUGAAGACCGGGACCGUGAGGAUCAUGAGCGAAGAAAAGACCAGAACAGUUGGACAAUGAUCAGACACCAUCAUCCACACUGUCCGCACAAAUACAGAAACAUCAGGUCUUUUAGUAAACUACGUCACAGACGAUAUCUGUGCAGUUUAUAACUGAGGUGAUCUCUGUUUUCAUCUCCUCUCUCUGCUGCUCAGAGCUGCACUGUGCUCUCUAAUCCUGACGGCGCUGAAUUCAGUCCACCAACUGUAGAGUGCAUGGUGAGCUGCAUGGAGAGGGGGAGUCCUCACCAUUUCACUCAUGACAGAUCAGACAAACAUCACAGUAGAUUCAAGUGUUUUCCUCAAACUCUCUAACAGUCUGUCCGGACAGGAGGCUGUCAGCCGUGAGUUUGGUUAGUAUCUGGUUCCUCUUCACAGAUGCUGCUGGUUUGCCUCGUUGCUUCUGGUUUUUCCAUCCAGAUGAGGAGGUUUUCUCUGCAGCAGGUCCGGUCUGGUCCUCUCUGUGUCUCUGAGGUGAAGUCCAGGGUGAUCAGAGCCGGACUCUGCGGUCUCCCUGCACUCAAGGGCGAUAAGCGUUACAAACACACGCUGACUUUGAUGAAUUUACCCGCAGAAAUUCAACGCCUUCGCAGAAAAUUAAUUAAUUGCAUCAUUUCUGCACAAUGUGAGGACAACUGAUAUCAGCAGCAGGUAGCUCAUUAAUAUCACGGCCAGAGCAGAGUGCUGCCUCAGCAAAAAUAUGAGCUGCUACAUCAUUAAUCUGAGGGACAAUGAGAGGGAUAGACGGGAUCCAGGGAUGGAUGGAUUUCUUUAAACAGCUGCUCUGCACAUCUGUCCUCCUCUGAUGUGGGUCACUCUGGUGGUCUUCAGUCUGCAUAUGGAUACCUUUGUUUUCACUGUCCUCUGUAAAUAUAUAUUCUAUCUUUAUAUAGAUAGAGAUUUUUUUAAUAUCUCAUUAGUUUACCCUGUAUAAUAAAAUGUACAGCUCCUGUAAGGAAGUUAUUGUUUGUGUAGAUUCUGGCGCCCCCUGAGGACAAAGCACUUCUUGUGUACAUACAUUAGAAAGUAAUGUUUUACUAUCAAUCUCAAUCUGAACUAUUGUAACACCAAAAUAAUUUUACAAAUCAGAAUUCUUUGUAACAGAAAAGGUAAAAGUCUGUUCUUACUGCUGGGGAGGCUUUUAUUUAAGGCAGGCUUUUAAAUGAAACAGGCUUUAAUAUGAAACAGGCUUUUAAAUGAAACAGGCUUUAAUAUGAAACAGGCUUUUAUAUGAACAGUAAUUUAUAUGAAACAGGCUUUUAUUUGAAACAGGCUUUAAUAUGAAACAGGAUUUUAAACGAGGCAGGCUUUUAUAUGAAACAGGCUUUUAUAUGAAACAGGCUUUUAAAUGAGGCAGGCUUUUAUUUAAGGCAGGCUUUUAAAUGAAACAGGCUUUAAUAUGAAACAGGCUUUUAAAUGAGGCAGGCUUUUAUUUAAGGCAGGCUUUUAUAUGAAACAGGAUUUUAUAUGAAACAGGCUUUUAUAUGAAACAGGCUUUUAAUUGAAACAGGCUUUUAUAUGAACAGUAAUUUAUAUGAAACAGGCUUUUAUAUCAAAAAAGGAUUUUAAAUAAGGCAGGCUUUUAUAUGAAACAGGAUUUUAUAUGAGGCAGGCUUUUAUACGUGGCAAGCUUUUUCUCAAAUUACAGGUGUCAAUUGUGAAGGUUUGCAACAGUUCCUGGAGUGUCCAAUAGAGGUGCCAUCAUCAGUCACAGUUGACUCAAGAUUAUUUGCAGAUUGAUCCUGCUUUUAUUAUCUCUUCUGAACACACUCUACAAGUAUAUUUUCCAGCUUUACAAACACUUUUAAAUGUGCAGGUGCUCUUCUCCUUUAAUACGUCUGUGUUAGGAGAUCUAAAUGUCAGUCACACCCUUCCUGCCUUGUCCUCUGUUUUUUUUGUUUGACACUCUCUGUAUUUCAGGAUAAGUGUGGGAUGAUUACACCUCAUCAUCCUGCAGAGAAACAACCUGCUUACAAACCCCCCCGUCUCUAAUUCCCUCUGUACGCUCGGCUACCUGAGAACCUCUUAGCAGGCCGGACAUUCAUCAAACUGACGUUACUUAUAUUCAACCCCCGUCUGCUGGCUCGCCGCCAUGUUUCAAAUUAAUUUAGAGGGAUGAAGGAAGCGGUGGACAGACUAAAAACCAGACUGCAGAGACUCAGAGGAGCCUCUGUAAACACCGUCUGACUGUUUCUGUUGUUUCUGUGUCUGCAGGACGAGAAGAAUCAGGUGCUGACCACCAACAUCUGGCUGCAGCUGGUGAGUGUCCCUCUGCAGACUCACGUCUCAUUUGUCAGUCAUAAGGAUGUACACGUCUUCUUUUUCAAGGUCAUUUACUACACCCCUGACUUCAGACUUAAAGGGAGAUUUCAGCGUUUUUGGAGAAAGUGGGAAACUUGCACACAAGCUAGGCUACGGCUUUCUGCAGACGGAGUGACUGACAUGAAAUUUAGAGAGACUCUGACAGGUUGAUUGUACGCUCUACUGAGAGGACUGUCAUCGUCAUCUUAGAGCAGCCGAGGUCAACAUAGCCAGACUUCAGAGCAAGUUCAGUUCAUUACUCCACAGGUGAAAGGCUAGUUCGUUAUGAUUACAGAUAUACUUCAGGUUUUCACUUUUAUCUGUGUACAGUGUCUUUGGGUGUUUUGGGGAGUGCCUAUAAAUGUCUUAAAUUAUCAUUACUAUAAUAAUAUGAUAAUAAUGAUGAUAAUAAUAAUAAUAAUAAUAAUAAUAAUAAUAAUAAUAAUAAUAAUAAUAAUAAUAAUUAUUAUUAUUAUUUAUUUUAUUUUUUAUCAAAACUAUUAUUAUAACUAUUUUAAUAAUUGUUAUCAGUGUUUUUAUUAUUAUUAUGAGUAAUAGUAGUAGUAGUAUUACUAUUACUAUUAUUAUUAUUACUGCUACUAUUGUAAUCAUUACUAUCAUUAUUAUAAUUAUUAUAAUUAUUGUAUCAAUACUAUUAUCAUAACUAUUUAAUAAUCAUAAUAAUCAUAAUAAUUAUAAUAAUUAUAAUAAUAAUAAUAAUAAUAAUAAUAAUAAUAAUAAUAAUAAUUAUUAUUAUUAUUAUUAUAAUAAUGAUAAUGAUAAUGAUAAUAAUAAUAAUAAUAAUAAUAAUAAUAAUAAUGAUAAUAAUAAUUAAUAAUAAUAAUAAAUAUUUUUUUAUUAUUAUUGUCAUUAUUAUUAUCACUAUUAUUAUUAUCAUAUCUUAAGAUGAUGACCCUACACCUGUGUUUUUACCCACACCUCAUUUUUAGACCCACAGGUGCUGACGUUGGUACUCGUCCACUCUCAGGUCCACAUGAGUCCUGGUUUAGUGGUAUCUGAGUCCACAGGAGCUGGUUUUAAACUUAUUUUCCACCUCUGAUGAUUUAGACUCCUCUCUCCGGGUUUGGGGACUUCAGCUCCAUUACAGUAAAUUAAACCUGUGUCACUUCCAGCUGUUACAGAUGAGUCUAUUUGUGCCGCUCAGACCGCCGGGGGACGGCGUGUUAACUGACUCUGCAGGAAAGAAGCCGAGUAAACAUUGAUAAUAAAUGGAGGCUCGCAGCCACAUCUCCCCUCCUUCCUUCUGUUCAGCUUCCAGAGAGACUCUGGAGGAAACGCUCCUCUCCAGCUCUGCUGCUUGACCCAGAUAAGUUUGAGUGUGGUGGAGAAAAAACUUGAUCCAUGCCAGCUCCACAAACUCUUCAUCUUCUGCCGGGCCUGACAGAGGAAUCACCCUCUGACGCCUCCUCCACCUGUCUCAGAUCCGCUCCUGCCUCUCCUUUGUUCACUUUGACUCCACCUCAGUCUAUAAAAAGCUGCUCCUCCUCACCUUUUGUGGAGCGGGGCAGACUCCGGUGUGAAUGUCAGAGCUAAUGGAGAGCGUAGGAAUUCAUUACGGAGCUUCCUAAACCCAUUUCAUGCAGCCGUCUGGAUUUAAUUAGGUUUCACAUCAGGUCCUGAGGAGGGGGUGUUUGUGAAGGGGUGACGCGCUAAUCCCGCCUAAUCUGCUCCUCUCUGAUGGAGGGGCUGGUUCCUCCCCGGAGACUCAGAGUUUGCUCUCUGCAGCACCCUCCCAGGACUGACCAGACUCUUAGCUUCAUUUCAUUUGGUUUUCACCUCCUCCUCCUCUCUCCUGCUGGAGUCUUUGUGUGUUUUCAUAAAGGGGAUGGAUGGAGGAACAUUGUCUGAGUGCGGUUAUUCAGCGUUUCACAGUUUUUGGAAAUUUUCCCAGCAGUUAAAAACUCUUUGACUCGCUCAGGGAUCAAAAACAGAAGAAGAACAAAAGAGAGGAACGAGUACGAGGACAGGAAGUGUCAAAACAAAACCGAGAGAGCGAGACGUUUAACUAAAGCUUCUCUUAUUUAUUCAACAGGGCGAACAAUCACAGUCACAUUUGUUAAAUGGAAUAAAGUUUAUAUUUUGAUCCAAGCAGCGUUAAACUCAUAAAUAAUGGCACAGUACGCCUCCCCGCUGAGGUCUUGUUCUCAAAGGCUCUUAACAUGGUCUGAAUCCCGGUCCAGCUGUCUCAUAUCUGAGUCCAGUCUUGAGUCUUUACACGUUUAAUCUUGUUGAGCAGAAAGAAUUAAAAUGUCCUCACAGAUCCAGAAAUAUCCCGUAACUCUGUCAGGGAGGAUAAUCCUGUUAAAGACCGCAGAAUCCGACUCAAACUGGAGGUUUUACAGAAACCAAACUCCUGCCAUGGGCCCGUGUGUGAACCGCUGCCGUGUCUCGCUCUUCCACUGCGUUUUCCUUUUCCUCUCGUUGCAUCAGUGCGUCACUUUCCUUUAUAGUCUGCAGGUUUUCUUUUCUGACUCGGAGCCUUUGAGCUCUUUAGACAGGAGAAUCAAGAGCGCAGACACCCUCACCGGCUUAUUAAAAAUACACACCAGUACUUUUCACUCAGAUCUGGAUUUUCUCUCUCUCUCUGCUUUGGGUCGAUGUGGUCAGUCUUUACAUUUACUGACUAAAGCAGAGUCAUGAGCGUCUACUUAUUUAUGAUCUGUGUGAGACUUGGUUCUCAAAUCAACACGAUUCAAAGUCGGCAGCAUGAAACAUGGUGUAAACGGUUGUCAUGGUAACAGCAAAGGUAAAAUACUUCAGUACGAACGGUGUUGUUGUGAGAACAAACAAAUCCAAGUCUGCGCUCUCCGUUUUACGAAAACAAAACCGGACGGUGUGCUGGGAGAGGAACGCUCCGGAAAUGCUCUCUUUGACUCGGUGUGUAUGUGGUGUCCAGUGUAUCUGCAGCCAGCCUCUAGUGGACACACGAGGAACUGCAGUUUGAGAACUAAGAGUCAUUUCUCAUGAGAGGAGGUUGCUGCUUGUGUAUAACCUUAAAGGGAUAUUCCGGGUUAGACCCCCCCUCCAGAGAUGAAUGUUGUCGACCGCUUCCUUCUCUAGUUAUACCAACUUUAGUAACGACCGCAGGAUAGAAAUACAGAGAGACACGCCCCCAACCAAAACGCCACUCUAUAGCCACAGAUAAUGCUCAGAACAGCACCUAACUUCAUCAACAGGACAUAUAGGGUCACAGACAUAGUACUAGUACAAAGAGACUAAACACAACUCACCUACUCUCUUCCAGCAGAUGCUUGUUCGGGCCAGUCCAUUACGGACAGCGGGGUGCCGCAGCUCGAGGAAGAACAUUUAUGAUAAGAACACAGUUACCGCAGUUAAACAUGGUGGUGGGAGCAUCAUGCUGUGGGGUCGUUUUGCAGCCUCAGGCACAGGGAUCCUUGUCAGGAUUAGAGUGCACAGUGCAGCUCUGCAGAGCACUCGGCGGACAUGAGCAGACUGCAAAGAGCUGCAGAGCUUCAUGGUUGUUCUGCACCUGGACGUCACUCUGCAGUGUGAUUUGUGAAAUGGAUCCUGCAGCAGCUGUGAUCCAGUCUAAAGUACUUCCUGUCAUCAGUGCUAAUAACCCUGCUAACUGUCCUCUGGGUCGUUUUACAGCAUGUAAACUCUGCCUCAAAGAUCCAUCCUCGGUGCUUAAUUGCACUUGAUUGAAACUUACUGAUUACAUAUUUUGUCAAAUUGAAGACUCUGAACAGAUUUCUAAAAUAUAUUUCCUAAAGUUUGAACCAGUGAAGUCAGGAGCUCAGAAACGGGAACUUCAGAGUGUCGUCGAGUGAUUUUAGGGGGGGAGGUGGUGGUGAGGCUGCAGCUUUCAUCAUCACACCCCUCUGAGGAAAACAGCUCAGUGACAGCGAGUAAACAAGACUGAGGGAGACGCGGGUGACCUUCACAGACUCAAACCGUCCACACACACACACACACACACACACACACACACACACACAGAGCAAAGAGCUCAGAGAGGCUGCAGCGUGAUGAGGACCGAGCGACCAGAGGAGCUGUGGAUGCAAAUGAGACGUCAGCGCCGUCCUGACGGGCUCGACUCCCUCUUUCUCACAGCUUCAGAGAAACAGGAACUCAGAGAGUAAACGGCGUCUGGUCCAGAGGAGCCGUCACCGCUACCAUCAUCAUCAUCAUCAUCAUCAUAAAUAAGUCAAAUAUGGAGGUCAAACAAAAUAAACAAGCUUUACUGGGACUAAAUCACACAGGUUAGCGUGCUACAAUAUCGGACAGUAGAAACCAACCAGAAAGUUCGGAAAAUUGUCUGAAUCCUCCUUUGGCCACGACUGCCGACACAAGCAAGAAAACAAAGUAAAUACCGGAGACUCUGGAGGAAUAACGGGCGCUUAAAACGGAGGUAGACCGGACAAGAGCUAAAAAGCCGGGUCAACAUAAACGAUGGGGGACGCUUGGGGAUCUUGGUGACCCUGUAACCUUUCUGCUGGACAGGUAAACCGCUUUAACAAAGUAAGACAAGUGUCUGUAACAGAAGUGUUUCUUGUCAAACGGACCUGCUGUAGCGUGUUGUAGCUCCAUCACUAAACUGUCCUCCCUCGGGUCCUGGACUAUGUCACUUUAUCCUCGUUGUAGAAGUCCUGCAAACAUUGUGUUUGCUGGUAGUCUGUUGGCAUCUACAGUAGCACCAAUGCUUUUGACUUUCACCUUGACUGGGCCCCAUUUGUAAUGAUCUGAAGUAUUGAUCUGCAUUAUAUCUGAAUUUAAUCGGAACGAUACGAGCGAGCAGGAGCGUCUGUUUGUGGGCGGGGCCAAACAAACCUGAUUUUACAGUUUCAUGAAGCAUUUUCCCAGUUUGGAAAUCCAGAUCUUUUAAAGUGAUGGAGAUGACACACAAUGGUAAACCGGAUCAUGUAAGAACCAGUACUGGUACCUGGUUCCUGACUCUCUGCUCCUGUGUUUGUGUCUCUGCAGUACUGGACAGAUUUCUACCUGCAGUGGAACACGACCGACUAUCCCGGUGUGACCAACGUUCGAUUCCCGGACAACCAGAUCUGGAGGCCGGACAUCCUUCUGUAUAACAGGUGACAGACUGAAGAGGUGCUGAUGUGAGAGGAAGAAGACUUCAGAGUCCGGGGUGACCCGGCGCUCCAGAAUAAUUCAAAGUCAGGCUCUGAUGCCGCUCAUUGACCUCCUCUCAUUAAAGCGGGCCGGGUCAAUAUUCCCUCUGACAGCCUCCCUCGCCUCCCACCACUAUCAAACUUUCUCUUGAACGCAGCCCGGUUAAUGAGCUGAGACGCUCAGCGCCCAGCAGAGAGCCUCCCUCAGUGCGCGGCAUGCGGCGUGCGGCGAGGGUGUGUUAACAGAGAGGUACUAAUCCUGACAGGAGAGCAGCGGGAACAUCAGCUGAACAAACUCGUUAACUGGAUCAGAAACCUGGUCAUCGCUCACAGCGUCUCACGGUCAGCUAAAACAUCGUCACGAAUCGAUCCAGUUAUUCUUGUUUUUUUCUGGGAGUGUCGCCAAGAGCGCUGGGGGGUGGGGGGGCGGGGGGUGAUUUGGAUGCAGCUCCACGCCAUCUUAAAAAAUUAAUUCUUAGGUCACUCUGAGCUGCAGCCCCGAGGGGAAGACGCAAAAAGUGCUGCAGGAACCCGACCCUGAGGUUUCCGCCAUGACUGCUUUAGGAAGAUUAGGGUUCGAGGAUUUAAGGUUCGAGGAUUUAAGGUUCAAGGAUUUAAGGUUCGAGUAGUGAAGGUUCGAGGGUCGUUAGUGUCCUCAUAAGUAUAACAAACGUGUGUCUGUGAGAUUCUCUGUUUUUUUACAGUUUUUCUCUCAAUCCGUCUCCUCAGUGCCGAUGAAAGGUUCGACGCCUCCUUCCACACCAACAUCCUGGUCAACUCCUCUGGAUACUGCCAGUACCUGCCACCAGGUAACACACCUUUAAGCUCCGCCCCUUCAGAGAGGCUGAGUCUCUAACGACCCUGAUGGACAUCCCCCUCAUUAGCUGAAGAUGUUCCUCCAGAUGUUUGUCUUUGACCUGUUUGGUUGUUCCUCUAAAAUCAUAAAACAGAACGAUUCUCCGGUCUAAACGUGACAUGUCCCUGUUUUCUGUUAAAUUUAUCCUUUAACUUUAAAUUAAACCAUAAAAAUCUGUUUUUAUUUUGAUCUUUUAACUGCGAUCGUUCCUCAGAACUCUUUCAAACUCAUGUAACUUCAGUACGAGUUGAUUUUAUCCCCGUUGGACCAUCAUUAACCGUCUGAUUGUCUGAGGUGUCGUGUCUGAUAAUUACUCCUCAUUCUCUAAAUGUCCAAGAAGACAAACACUAGAGAUUGUUUGUCCCUAAAAAUCAUUAUGACCCUCCAUAAAGCGCCAAACUCCCUCAGAGAGGAGGUCAUAAACGACGCCAUCAGACCCUGACAGAGAGGCUUCCUGCAGGCUGCUGGUUUAUGGGGGUCUGGGAGGUCAGUAUGAGGUCGGGGGUCAACGGGAGGAGGUCAGGAGGAGUUAUGGUCCCCUGUUUACGACCUGACAGAGACACCGAGCUGUCAUCUCAGUCAUUUAGAUCUGAUCUGCAGGGGUUCGAACAGCAGCGAUGAAGUCGUCAUAGAAACGACGUUUUUCAGCCUCUCAGGAGGAAACGGAGCGACAUGACUCUGCAGACCGGACAAACUGAUAUCUUAAACAUUAUGUGACAGGAAGAUGAGCGAAAGCAAUCAUCCAAUCAGGAAUCAAUAAGUCAUAAAAGUCCUAACAGCCCCAUUACCGCUGAUAGAUGAUAUUGAUCCGAGUGAGGAGGGGCUCCAGAGGGACAGAGAUGUUGGCGACAAGCAGAAGCUGUCCGAAAAUUUAACCAAUCGAAUCUUAUCCUGUUAAAAUCUGCAGAAACAAACGAAGAGAAACUGAAUGUUUGUCAUUAAAACCGAGAAAAGAGAAAAUUUAAAGACUUUGACCUCUGAAACUCCGAGUCUGAGGGUUUCAUAAAAAGUGAAAUCCUGAUCAGAUUUAAAGUUUAACACACAGAGAGUCUCUUCAAGGUUCAAACUUCUAUCUCCACAAAACCAGGAAGCUCUCAGUGACCCUCUAAAAGGAAAGUUUUAUUCAGAGCUUGUCAAUAUUAAGUGUAUCAGCUGAUCAGAUCAGCCUCAGUGUUCAGAAACAGGAAGUCAGUACGUUUACAUGCUCAUCUUAAUCAGACUAAGGUCAUCAUUUUCUCUGAAUCAGACUUCUCUCCUCGUCCUCGUUUACAUGCAGCUGAGAAAACUGAAUUAUUGACGUGAACGUGUCCUCCUCCCCAACACCAGGGGGCGAUAUGGGUCUUUUCAGCGGCGCUGUUUCCGACCCCAUACAACUGUCAACAACAACAGCAGGUCGGUGUCAGACGUCAGAAGUGUCUACAACUGCUGCUGGGCAUUUUGGAGAAACAAGAAGAUGGAGCAUCGUACAGCGUUGUUUUUGUCCGACAUGAUGGACGCGCUACUUUUUCUAAAGAGGAGACCAACGCUACUCCUCUACUCUGGGGGUUUGUUACGGGGUUACGGGGGCAUGGCGCACAUGAAUUGUCCGAUUGACUGAUAUUAGAAGCAGGUUGAAUUCCAAUCUCAUUAUCUGGGUGUCUUAAUCAGAGUUCUCAAACUCCGAUUAGAGUCGGACUAAGGUGUUUACAUGACCUUCAGUUGUCCGGUCUUAAUCGGAAUAAGGCGAUAAUUCGGUUUUCUCGAGUGUCAUGGAAACGGACUGAGUGAUUAUGUAAAUGAAAGAAGUAAAUAAGAGGAGGAGAAGAGAGGAAAGAGGAGUGUGUUUGUUUGUUUGUUUGUUUGUUUGUUUGUUUGUGUCUGAAAAGCAGAGGGACAGAAUGAAAGACAGUCUGAGGACAGUCUAAAACUGAGAGACGUGGUUCUGAAUCAGGUCUGGACGUUUUAAAGACGUUUUUUUUCUAAAAGCUCUUUAAGUCUGACUGAUCUGUUCGAUCUUUAGUCUUUGUUUUCAUAUCAGCUGUAAAAAAACUCUAAUCCUCCUGUUUUUAUGAUACAGUAUAAAAAUACUUUUCUCCCCAACAUGAAGUCAAAACUCUUUAAAGUGAAGAAGUGAUGUCUGCUCCCUCUCAGCAGAACUACAUUUAUAUCUCUAUAGGUGACACUUUAAUAUUUUAAUAUAUUUAAUAUUUGCUGCUUGUAUGAAUAUGAAUAAUAAGUUCUUGACCUCCUCUGUAAUCAGGUUUCCUCCUCUCCUCCUGAUUAAACUGUGACCCUCCUCCUCCUCCUCCUCCUCCUCCUCUUGUGUUUUUAUAAAGAAACCCUCCUCAGCGUUUUUCCUCUCGCUCUAUUUUUAUCUGAAACUCUCCUCCGCUGUUUCCUGUUUACUUUUCGCUGCAGCGGCGUCCUGGUUUCUCCUCCGGGAUCAUUAAACUUUCAUCUUUUCUGGGAGACGGCAGGUGUCGGCUGAUCUGGGAUCUGAUUGGAUUCCCCGGCUGAUUUCUGUCAUUAAAACAAAAAAAAAACCUGUAACUCUGUAACUGUUACAGAGAGAGGACUGACCUGUAGUAAAAAUAACUUCUGUUUUUAUUUUUAUUAAAGUUUCUCCUCCUCUGGUGGAUCUCAGCUCCUUCUGCUCCUCUCCUCACACUCAGACUGUCCUCACUCUUUCUUUCAGCUCAGCUUUGGAGAUUUGAUUCAUUUCAUGAAGUUAUUCUGUGUUUUUUUUUCUUCUCUCAGUCGUUAUUUUUGCAUGUUUUGAUCAGUUAUUGAUCUCCUGCUGAAACUCGACAGCUCUGACUUUAUUCUCUUUCUUCCACAGCUUCAUUUCCUUCUUUGAGCUCCUCUCUGUCUCCUCCUGCAUUUCUUGUGCUCGUUAACUUUCCUGAUUUCGGUUUUGUUUCAGGGAUAUUUAAGAGCACCUGUUACAUCGACGUGCGCUGGUUUCCCUUUGACGUGCAGCGCUGUGACCUGAAGUUCGGCUCGUGGACGUACGGCGGCUGGUCUCUGGAUCUGCAGAUGAUCGAGGCCGAUGUUACAGGAUACAUCGCCAACGGAGAGUGGGAUCUCGUCGGUAAGAAACAGAAACGUAGAGAUGAAAUAUUUGACAUGACGUCGGUCGGUUUGUGGAAACUUCUUUGAGGAAACCUUCCUGACGUGAUGUUCUGUGGUGGUCUUACUUCAGUGGUCUCUGCUGGAGAAGGUAACCAUGGUAACAACAUGAUCAGUAAAGCAGUUUCUGGUGGUUUUGGCGCCGCGGGCAGGUGCUAACUAAGUCGUGCUAGCAGCCGUCAGCUGUUCUGUGUUCUUGGGUGAGAUGUUUCUCAUCGUCCUCCUAAUGAUCCUCCAGAGAUCCUCUGUGGGGACCAGCCAGACCAGUUGGUUGGACAGUCGAGCUCAAGAACACCACAGUCAGGAAACAAGUAUCUGGUAGUUCUGGCGCUGUGGGCAGGUACUGGGUCCUGCAGGAAUGUAAAUCUGGAUCUCCAUAAACCCUCUCAGUAGAUAAGGCAUGAAGACAGUAGACCAGCAGCAGCAGAUGACAUGCUGGACCUUAAGUUCCUGGGAUUCUGGGCCUCUCUGAUCUUCUCUGGGAGGAGAUGCUAAGCGGACCUUCAUUCCAGCAGGACUUUGGACCCCUGAGCGAUAGUCCGGUCCUUUUUCUUCUCAGGUCACGUUCACACCAGCCUCGUUGAGUCCAGUUGAACCGAACCCUGGAGCGUUUACCUCCUUGGAACGGUUCGUUUUGGUUGGUGUUGAACUCUGGUGUGGACCAGUCGACCGCUCUCGGGUCCGCCUGGUAGGGGUGGUCUCGGACCGCUAUCAAGUGAACUCUAGAGCGGUUUACUUCUGGUGUGAACCCCCUCCACCCCAAUCACAGAAACAUGGAGGUCGACUCUCAUUACUGCCCGUCGUCUUUGUGAAAUGAUCGUCCGACUGCAGAGCACCGUCUUCGACUUGCUUGUAUUCACACAUUCUUUAAUCGCCGAGUCCUCCCAGCUGUUCAUCCGUUAAAGUCUGCCGAUACGCAGUCCAGAAUAAGAAAACGGACCUUCUGGCGUGAACACGACCUUAGUCCAGCUGAGACUCUUAUGACUCUGGUUCAGGAGGGUCUUGACAGCAGGAACGCUCGUCAUCCUUUUCCUGGACUCGUGGUUCUUGACACUCCAGUCAUAUUUCACAUCCUUUUUAAUAACUCACUCACGGCGUCGGUCCCGCUCUUGUCGACCAUCGUCUGUGUGAUUAAAAGGACAAAUCCACGCGUCGUUCGUUGAAGCUCCUCUCGUCCCCGCUCCUCUGAGAAAUCUCUCCUCUCUGUUUUGAAACCUGACUGCUGAGAUCCGCUCUCGUUCAGCCGCCGGAGCAUUAAGGCGUCAGUGCGCUCCAUCAAACAUGAUGUCAAAUGAUCAGAGCGCUCUCCAAAGACACUCUCCGCCGCUGAAAUUGUUGGUGGGAAAAUCAGCCAAUUUUGUAACCUUCUAAAACCGACGAUUGAACAGUCGGUGACAGUUUGUGGAGACUUUAGGAGCUCUGCAGAGACGAGAAAGUGUUUGAACUCUCAUCUCUGCGCUCUUCUACUCUCUGAACGGCGAUUUCUGCUGUUUUUCACGGAGACGUGCUGAUUGGCGUUAUUCACACCCCUCAAAUAACGGGGUUGGAUCUGGACCUUUAGCAGCUCAGAGGCCCGUCCGUCCGCUGAGGCGGGUUUCCUAUCAGCGCUCCCGUCCCGCAUCAAUCUGCUGCUAAUUAAAUCCUCCCUCUGCUGCAGAGCGAGCAGCUGAACCAGGGGGCUGAUGGGAGUGCUGCGGGCCGCGUUUCUACCGACCACUGCUGACGAACGCCGGAUCAGCCCACAGAGCGUGACCGAUAAGUGACCUUGGAGCCGUAAAGUUUCACUCUAGUGUCUUUUACUGGUGUGUGUUCAGGAACCUGCAGCCUCCACAUGUUUUAACGUCGUAAUGAAGUCAUGAAGCCGUCUGAUCACGGACUCACGCUGACUACAUGUUUGCUGAUCGUGCAUCGGUGUGUUUCUGCAGGAUUAGAGACGCUCCGGAUGUUUACAGCAGGUUCUCCGCUCUGGUUUGUCUUCGUCCUCGUCACAAAUCAGGUUCAAACUGAAGAAGACGAGAUAGAAACAGGAUCUAAGAGCGUCUUUCUGUCCAAAUCUGAGAGCAUACAAGUUUUUGAUCGUCAAUUUAGGUUUUUUUCGCACUUGUCAAGGAAGAAUCCGUGUGAACUUGUACCUUUUCAUGCAAUCCUGCGUUUCGAUCCUAAUGGUGUGAAAAUAAAACUCACUGUGGAUUAUUAUUGCAACAGACCUGUGGAGCCUAAUUUUUACUGAUAAGUCGCCCGUGAACGUGUCAUUCCGAUGUUUAGCCAGUUUCAGCCACGUCUCGGUUUGUAGGUUUAUUGUUUUUUAUAGUCGCAAAUAAAUCAAGACGAUCAACAUUUCCUCCUCUCAGUCAGUCCGUUUCCACGACGCUUGAGAAAAACAAAUUAUCGCCUUACUCACAGCAGCAGUUGGAGACACUUCUGACGUCUGACACCGACCUGCUGUUGUUGUUGUUGACGGUUGGAUGGGGUCGGAAACAGCGCCACUGAAAAGACCCAUAUCGCCCCCUAGUGUUGGGGAGGAGGACGCGUUCACGUCAAUGAUUUGAUUUUCUCAGCUGUAUGUAAACGAGGACAUGGAGAGAAGUCGGAUUCAGAGAAAAAGACGAGUUAUGAGUUUAUUCUGAUUAAACUGAGACUGAAGGAGCAGGGUCUCCUGAGUCAGCAGAGUUCAUUAGAAAAGGACUUCAGCUACUGAAUGUGAAGCAGCGGGGAUGAGAAUCAGCACCUCCAAAUCUGAGUCCAUGUCGGGAUGGGGAUGAGAUUCUGUCCCACGUGGAGAAGUUCAAGUAUCUCAGGGUUUUGUUCAGGAGUGAGGGAAGAAUGGAGCGGGAGAUCGAUAUAUUUACUUAUUUAUAUACAUAAAUAUUCACAGUCUUACCCCUAAUUUCCACAGCAUAUGGAACGGCUCUGAUCCGGAACGGCAAUGAUUUUCAACAUCCGCCAAUUCCUACUGAAUCCUUUGGUGAGGAGAAUUCUCUGGUGGAUUACAGACAGCUGUAAUCGCAAGAACUCACAAGAACCCACAGUUGUCUCUCUAAAGACAGACACAUAGACAUAUAAGCAGUAGAUCGUGUCCUUCCAGAGGAGGAAAUCUACUUCUAGACUUCUAGAAUCAGCAUCUCCUCAUCCAUGGUGUCAUCGGGGUGAAAUGACGUCUAAAAACCUUUCACUUGUUCGUCUCCGCCCGUUUGCAUGGUGUGAAAUACGAUCCUCCUGAAACACGGAGUGUUUUAUUUUGAAAAGAAGCCGGAUGUUUUAUUUUGUGUCUGUGCCCGACUUCCUUUCCAGCACGGGUUAAUCUGUGCUGAAUCCGCCAUGCUCCGGCGUCCAGAAAGAAGUCGGUGUAAAUUGAGACGUUAACUUGAAUGGAAACAAUCGGCGACAGUCGGCACAAACCACCUCCUCGUAGCCGUUCAGGAUCUGGUGUAAAUUUGGGUUUAGUCGUAUCCGUGUCGUGUAUACCUGGUUUUAGUGAAGUGGAAUGAAAUCUGAAAACCUCCUCUGGUAAAACACGUCAGUUUGUCCUCUCUCCAGAUCAUUUAUUCUCUUUAACUGAAACCUCUCUACAGCCUUUCGUUGAUAUUUGUGAAUCCAGAACUUCACUGUCUACUGGACCACAGAAAACAGAACCAGGAGCCUGUAGAGGACAGACCCAAACCUGAAGAGUCCGGAAUCUUCCUCGGUCUCAGAGGAGUCAAAUCUCAACCCAUGAAAGUGAGAAAGAAAAGAGAAGUUUGCAGAGAAAUAAAACGAGCCUCCUCCAGAGACUCCGUUCAGCCAAUGAGCCGUUCACAGGGAGCUUAAUUGAAAAUCUCAGCAGCAUGUUUCCCAUUCAGCCCGCCACGCUCCUCUCCAGCCCCUAUAGCGGAGAUUAAACCAAUGUAGUGAGCCGUGUAGUGAGGAGUGUGCUACUGUAAAGGCAGCCAGGCACAGCUGCACUCUCAGGCAGGAGACGCCACAUUCUCCACUAAUCCAUCAGGAGAAUAACCACGGCGAGGGAGAGCGUGGGUUAGGUAGAGGGUUAAUUCAGGAGGAUAAAUGAUUCAACACUAAGAUCUCUGAGCCGCGCUGAGCAAACACAUUAGACGGUCUGUUUUAUUCAUCAGUUUUCAGCUCUCUCUCUCAGAGGGGAAUGCUUUAAUAACUGCGUGACGACCGUUUAUCAGGUACUCGCAGGAUAAAACAGUUCAUUACUCUAUCCUAAAGACCUGGAUCAGGUCUACUGCGCCCCGCCAGAGUCUGCUGUAGGAGGACAGAAACAGCCUGAUGUCCUGAUCAGGUCUUGAGUUUUUAGUUUUUUCCUGGUAUUUUCCCUCAUUUUUCCGUCGCCUCUGAUCCUGUUUCUGGAGUUUUUAGUUUGUCUUUGACCCGUGUCCCUCCUGUUCUCAGUGUUUUAAUCUGUCCAUCAGUUUUCAGUGUUGUCUGUUUUAUUUUGUAGUAGUCAUUCCCUGUAAAUCUAGUCAAGAUGUACUUCCUGUUUUAUUUUGUAGUAGUUGAUCAAAAACAAACACACUCUACUCCACCUCCUCUCCUCCUGUUAUUUACUUCUUUCAUUUACAUAAUUACUUAGUCUGUUUCCAUGACACUUGAGAAACCGAAUUAUCGCCUUAUUCCGAUUAAGACCGGACAACUAAAGGUCAUGUAAACACCUUAGUCCGACUAUAAUCAGAGUUUGAGAACUCUGAUUAAGACACCCAGAUAAUGCGACUGGAAUCCGAUUUUCUCUCCAUGUAACCAGAAUAGUCGGAGUGUGAUCGGACAGUGCAUGUGGGUCAGAAAAAGACCCAUAUCACCCCCUAGUGUUGGGGAGGAGGACACUUUCAUGUCACAUAUUUGAUUUUCUCAGCUGCAUGUAAACGAGGACGAGGAGAGAAGUCUGAUUCAGAGAAAAAAAAGAAUAAUGAGCUUAUAGUCCGAUUAAACUGUGACUGUAAACAUACCGAGUGUGUUUCAUCUCUACCUGAUCUCCUCCUGGUUUUACUGGUGUCUCGUGGUUCUGGUGUCUCUUGGUUCUGGUGUCUCUUGGUUCUGGAUUCUUUUCGUUCUGGUGUCUCUUGGUUCUGGAUUCUUUCCGUUCUUGUGUCUCUUGGUUCUGGUGUCCCUUGGUUCUGGUGUCCCUUGGUUCUGGUGUCUCUUGGUUCUGGAUUCUUUUUGUUCUGGUGUCUCUUGGUUCUGGAUUCUUUCCGUUCUGGUGUCUCUUGGUUCUGGUGUCUCUUGGUUCUGGAUUCUUUCCGUUCUGGUGUCUCUUGGUUCUGGUGUCCCUUGGUUCUGGUGUCCCUUGGUUCUGGUGUCUCUUGGUUCUGGAUUCUUUUUGUUCUGGUGUCUCUUGGUUCUGGAUUCUUUCCGUUCUGGUGUCUCUUGGUUCUGGUGUCUCUUGGUUCUGGAUUCUUUCCGUUCUGGUGUCUCUUGGUUCUGGUGUCCCUUGGUUCUGGUGUCCCUUGGUUCUGGUGUCUCUUGGUUCUGGAUUCUUUUUGUUCUGGUGUCUCUUGGUUCUGGAUUCUUUCCGUUCUGGUGUCUCUUGGUUCUGGUGUCUCUUGGUUCUGGUGUCCCUUGGUUCUGGUGUCUCUUGGUUCUGGUGUCUCUUGGUUCUGGAUUCUUUUCGUUCUGGUGUCUCUUGGUUCUGGAUUCUUUCCGUUCUUGUGUCUCUUGGUUCUGGUGUCCCUUGGUUCUGGUGUCCCUUGGUUCUGGUGUCUCUUGGUUCUGGAUUCUUUUUGUUCUGGUGUCUUUUGGUUCUGGAUUCUUUCCGUUCUGGUGUCUCUUGGUUCUGGUGUCUCUUGGUUCUGGAUUCUUUCCGUUCUGGUGUCUCUUGGUUCUGGUGUCCCUUGGUUCUGGUGUCCCUUGGUUCUGGUGUCUCUUGGUUCUGGAUUCUUUUUGUUCUGGUGUCUCUUGGUUCUGGAUUCUUUCCGUUCUGGUGUCUCUUGGUUCUGGUGUCUCUUGGUUCUGGUGUCCCUUGGUUCUGGUGUCCCUUGGUUCUGGUGUCUCUUGGUUCUGGAUUCUUUUCGUUCUGGUGUCUCUUGGUUCUGGAUUCUUUCCGUUCUGGUGUCUCUUGGUUCUGGUGUCUCUUGGUUCUGGAUUCUUUCCGUUCUGGUGUCUCUUGGUUCUGGUGUCCCUUGGUUCUGGUGUCCCUUGGUUCUGGUGUCUCUUGGUUCUGGAUUCUUUUUGUUCUGGUGUCUCUUGGUUCUGGAUUCUUUCCGUUCUGGUGUCUCUUGGUUCUGGUGUCUCUUGGUUCUGGUGUCCCUUGGUUCUGGUGUCUCUUGGUUCUGGUGUCUCUUGGUUCUGGAUUCUUUUCGUUCUGGUGUCUCUUGGUUCUGGAUUCUUUCCGUUCUUGUGUCUCUUGGUUCUGGUGUCCCUUGGUUCUGGUGUCCCUUGGUUCUGGUGUCUCUUGGUUCUGGAUUCUUUUUGUUCUGGUGUCUUUUGGUUCUGGAUUCUUUCCGUUCUGGUGUCUCUUGGUUCUGGUGUCUCUUGGUUCUGGAUUCUUUCCGUUCUGGUGUCUCUUGGUUCUGGUGUCCCUUGGUUCUGGUGUCCCUUGGUUCUGGUGUCUCUUGGUUCUGGAUUCUUUUUGUUCUGGUGUCUCUUGGUUCUGGAUUCUUUCCGUUCUGGUGUCUCUUGGUUCUGGUGUCUCUUGGUUCUGGUGUCCCUUGGUUCUGGUGUCCCUUGGUUCUGGUGUCUCUUGGUUCUGGAUUCUUUUCGUUCUGGUGUCUCUUGGUUCUGGAUUCUUUCCGUUCUGGUGUCUCUUGGUUCUGGUGUCCCUUGGUUCUGGUGUCUCUUGGUUCUGGAUUCUUUCCGUUCUGGUGUCUCUUGGUUCUGGUGUCUCUUGGUUCUGGUGUCCCUUGGUUCUGGUGUCUCUUGGUUCUGGAUUCUUUCCGUUCUGGUGUCUCUUGGUUCUGGUGUCUCUUGGUUCUGGUGUCCCUUGGUUCUGGUGUCUCUUGGCUCUGGAUUCUUUCCGUUCUAGUGUCUCUUGGUUCUGGUGUCUCUUGGUUCUGGUGUCCCUUGGUUCUGGUGUCUCUUGGUUCUGGAUUCUUUCCUUUCUGGUGUCUCUUGGUUCUGGUGUCCCUUGGUUCUGGUGUCCCUUGGUUCUGGAUUCUUUCCGUUCUGGUGUCUCUUGGUUCUGGUGUCCCUUGGUUCUGUUGUCUCUUGACUCUGGAUUCUUUCCGUUCUGGUGUCUCUUGGUUCUGGUGUCUCUUGGUUCUGGUGUCCCUUGGUUCUGGUGUCUCUUGGUUCUGGAUUCUUUCCGUUCUGAUGUCUCUUGGUUCUGGUGUCUCUUGGUUCUGGUGUCCCUUGGUUCUGGUGUCCCUUGGUUCUGGUGUCUCUUGGUUCUGGAUUCUUUCCGUUCUGAUGUCUCUUGGUUCUGGUGUCCCUUGGUUCUGGUGUCUCUUGGUUCUGGUGUCCCUUGGUUCUGGUGUCCCUUGGUUCUGGUGUCUCUUGGUUCUGGAUUCUUUCCGUUCUGAUGUCUCUUGGUUCUGGUGUCCCUUGGUUCUGGAUUCUUUCCGUUCUGAUGUCUCUUGGUUCUGGUGUCUCUUGGUUCUGGUGUCCCUUGGUUCUGGUGUCUCUUGGUUCUGGAUUCUGUCCGUUCUGAUGCUCUUUACUUAUUUGGAUUUUUCAGUUGGACAUUUUGAAGUAAGUUAUUUUUGUCGUUUUAAUUUAAGUCCUUGUUUAAUGAACUUUUCACAUAAGUCAGAAUCUGCUGCUGCUUCAUGGUUUUCAUCUUGUGAGGAGAGUUUGGAAUGAGGACAUGUAACGACUUCAAGGGGGCGAGGUUCGAGAAUGUAACGAUUCAUCGCCAACCUCUUCUGUCACCGAGGUAACCACGGUCGCUACAUUAGGAGGAUAAAGUCCUCGUCUUUUUAGGGUGCUGCUUCUGUUUGUAAUAAUUAAAGGAAAGUUAGUUUUAAUAUCUGAAUGAUCUGCUUAUUGAUGUGACAUUGACAGAGGAGACUGUAAUUCGAGGAAUGGAUGGAGAGACGGCGGAGUGACAAGCGAGCUAAAUUAUCAGCUGAUGCAAGUGUUACCUCUGUCAGCAAGGUGCAUCAGUAAUUCUCAUAACCGGAUUAUUUCAAGACUAUUUUUAGCCUGGAAAGACUUGGACCGUGGUCUGAACAGGAAACUGGGAUAUGAGAGUGGCCGAGCCUGGGCUGUUGGUUCUGAGGUGUAGUGAUUUGAAAUGAGCCUCAUACGGUCGCGCCAAAAUAUAUGUAGCGAUUUGAAAUGAGCCUCACAAGGCCGCACCAAAAUAAUACUUGGCGAUUGGAAUUUAUAAUAAAUGUCUGAAGAUUAAUAAUCUCAAAUUGUGACAUUUAUGCACUCGUUGAAAGGGGCACCACCCACCCUUAAUGGUGGGAAAAUAAAGAAAACAAAAGUUUAAUUCAGAAAUCAAACAUCAAGUCAGUUUUAAUUAAUCAGUCUUAAUUAAUCAGUCUUAAUUAAUCAGUCUUAAUUAAUCAGUCUCAUAUCUUAAGUCGAAAUUCUAAUUUCAGGGACUCCACUUCUGGAAGAACACUAACAGACAGGAACUUAGAAAAAUAAUGAUCUGUUUAUUACAGGAUAAAUGAUGGUACAACACACAUGCAAUAAAUGAUGAUAAGAUAAUGAGGAUAAAAUAAUAAUAGGUGAAUAAAUAAAGAUUCUGAGUCAGGCUAGGAGCACUAAAGUUAAUGAUAGUGAGUGAAUAUGCGCUAACAUAUUAACCUACACUAACUUUAGUGUCGAGAUAAACUCGGAUGUGGAUUUGGAGGAAUCUAAGAUUACCAGAAUAAGAGGAUAUCUGAGUUGAACGCAGGAGACAGCAUCAGCCCUCUUUAGAGCUCUGGAGGUUUGCAUACUUAAGUGAGACUGGUCCUUGGAGAAGAUGGAGCAGGUUCCGAAGGUCCGGGCUACUGGCGGUUCGAGCGGUUCAGCUCAGAAGACGACUGAAGUCAGCCGAAGGAUGAGCCAGGAGUUGCAGCACUCAGGCCCGAAGCAAAAACCAGCGCCUGUGGAUCCUGUGGAUGCUCGUUUGGGUACUUCUUUAGUCUCACUCAAAAACUCUGGCACAGAGGAUGACCUGGGCCUGUUGGAUUGCGUUCGGAGGUGACUUUGAAAUCACGCAGAAAACUCAGAAAAACGAGGCUCGAAGAGCAGAGAAAACUUUCAAAAAUGGCUUCGCGAAAUUAAAGAAAAUCAAUCAAAGGCUUAAUCUUGAAUUGCUAUGUGCACAAAAAGUUGAAGUUUCAAAACUUGAACUAAGACGAUGUUAAAGAAAAAUCAACGUGAAUCAACACGUGGCGUAAAACUUAGAAGACUAAGAAAAAGUUCUAAGAGAAAACAAAGAAACGCACCACAGAAGGGUGUGGGCAGAAGAGAAGGGGCAUAAGAGCCGGGGACAAGAGAGUCAGCAGAAGAGCAGAAGCAUAAGAGGAAUAAGAGCUAAGAGAGAAUAAGAGUGAACAAGAGAGAGAAGCAUAAGAGAGAUAAGAGGAUAAGAGAGAGAUAAGAGACGUGAGCAACCCCACUCCACUGGUUUUAUCUUCUCACACUGGGAGUGUCUGAGGAGAAAAAGGAGGGGUCAUCGGGUCUCUGAUUAUUUGAUCUAACUUAUUCUUUUGGCUGGUAAAAGAGUCAGAUCUGAUACUCACUCACUAUGAUUAAUAUCAUUGAAUGCUUGGUUUCAUGAUAAAUAAUUUGAUACUAAACACAUAUGAAUGAAGUGUAGGAUCACAUCAAACAUUCUCAUUAUGUUUUAAGUAUCACAUUAAACAUGCUAAAUUACUCUGAAAUGAAACAGAUAGUAACACAUGGAAACUGUGAACAACAAAAGAGUAAAUACAUGUGAAUGAACGUCAUCAUGAUUAAUGAUGGAUUCUAAAUACUCACAUUCAGGUUAUUCAAUGACAUUAUAACCACCUAAUGGUUAAAAAUACUAAAUAAACGAUUAAAAUAUAGAACAAACAUUUCUAAACCAUUUCUGUUAAUUAGAGCUAAGUUAUGAGUCACAAUCAAUAAAUUUAACUCUUAAAAGUUCAUGAAACAGUCUGAAAAGCUGUUGGUCUAAAGAAACUAAAGAGCGAUAACUCGGCUUCUGGAGCACAUAGAAAAACGGGAAACAUCUCAUUUUAACACAAAUUUCAUGAUUAGACAGAUUAGUACAUUGCUGAAUGCAUAAGAUGUCAGGAUCAGUCAUUUGUAUUCUUUCACCAAAGGAAUGUAGUCUUUAUCAGUGUAUGGUCGAGCAGGGUUUUACGACCGAGGUCUGGAGGUCAGUGUCCCCCCUUAUCCUGGGGUCCGUAUGUUCACACACUUUAAGACUGCUAAAUCUCAAAUGGGAGAUCUAGGUUGAGGUUAAUGUUUAUUUAGAUGGUCAGCAAAUGGAGUCAGUUUGAAAGGUAAUAAAACUCUGUCUCUGUUCUCCGAAUCGACCAAUCGUGAAGAGUCAGAGGUUAAGUCAACCUCCGGUCUUGGGUCAGUUAGGUAACCUGAAAGUGCACACAAGUCUGGAAAGAUUUAUAUCCUGUUUCCUGGGACCAGAUAAGGAAACUUCCCUUUGAGGAAUGUGUGAGUUUUACACCCAGGGUUGUCUUGAUUGCUACAGUCCCCCCUUCGUCACGGCGGUCCUGUCCAUGGAGCAUCGGGACGACGAGUAGACAACCAUGAAGAAGCAGCAGCAGCAGCAGGUGUAUGCAAAUAGGACUGAUGCGUCUCAUUAUCACUAUGUGAAUCACUAGUAUCUGCUUUAAGAUAACAUCAAGCAUGCAUUAAGCUAUCAAAUAAAAUCGUCUAGGUGUUAGAAUUUUCUCAGUUAACUAUUGGUAGACUAAUGUGAAAGAAAAUCUCCUAAUUUUCAGUAUUAAUGAGAUUUAGAAAAGCACUCUUUAGUCUGAAUGCUAACUGGAUCUAAAGCUAUAGCUGUUUUUCAUGCUUGCUGGAGAAGUCUGAAAGUUCCAUUUCAGUUUCAAAAAUGGUUAAGACUUAGGUGGAAAAGAAAUGUCUGCUAUAGACAUAUUAACCAUCUGUGUAUGAGCAUAGUCAACCUGAAUCACAAACAUCAAAAGUUUACUGCACAGAGUUUCUCUUAAACUUUGUCUGUUAAACUUGGGGAUGAUGCUCUUAUCGGUUUGACUAAUUAUCUGCUGUUGAGUCUGAAAUUUGUCAAUCUGAGUCUUAAGGACAGAAAUUUCAGGUUUUAAUCUGUUCAUGGGAUCUUUGACAGCUGACAAGCUGACCAUAUUGACAGAGGAGAGACAAAUGCUAACAAAGAAAGCAGCAACUGGGAUUGCAGUCAUCAAUGUAUCACCACAGCAUUUGGAUAUCUUAUUGGAGUCAUUUAGCUUUGGCUAGGUGACUUCUGCUUUCGCAGGACUCACACCUUCAUGACUCCGCAGUGUUAAUCUCAGUGGUUAGCUGAGUUGUCAUGUUUAUUCACCUUCGAAGUGGAUGAAACCGAUUGAGGUGGAUAAUAAGAUCGUCGUUUCUGAGAGUGUGAUUUACUCUGAUUCUGCCAGUCAUUCACCCCCCUUUGGCGGUGUCGAUGGUUUUUCCUUUGUCUGGGAUAAAACCCACCGUGACGGGAGUCUGAAUAACAACAGUUGGUCUCAAAGUUUACCUGGCAUUGGUCUGGGUCAGACCUGGGCCUUGGUGUGUAACUUUGACCUUUGUGAGUUUGUUGAGGUCGAAAAGGUUUUGGAGGCCUGGUUAACCACUCAUUUGGAGGCUUAUCGGAGCUUGAAAAAAACACAGUCUGAAGCUUCGUUCAGCUCCAUGGGCAGUGAUUUUGUCUCCAUAGCCAAGAGAGUAACGGGCUCUGCUUUCUUAGCCAAAGUUUGUCGUUGUUUGGCAAAACCUUUUACAGCAAGUUCACGAAGCUGUCGGCUAGUCGAAGUGUUUGGACAAGCUAAGACGCCAAGGUGAUGACUGGUGGUAGGGUGGAGGUUCUGGACGAACAGCGUUUUGAAGUUCAAGUCCUCCUCCAUUUCUGGUUCAUUUCGGAAACCAAAGUAAGCUUCGCGUAAGCGGUUGUAAUACUGUUGAGGAGGUUCUGAUCUCCCUUGUUUAAUAGACAGAGCAGCAGAGAGGCCUGUCUGGGUCAAAUAGUCAGAAAACUCUUCAAUUAAUGCUUGGCAGAGCAAGUCAUAAUUAUUUCUGACAUGAUAAGGCUGUCGUUCAAGGAAACUGCUAACCUCUCGACUUGACGUUGCCUUAAUAAGGUAGAUUUUGUCCUCAAUGGUUGCACCUGGAAAUUUCCUCAGGUAAAAGUCAAUGUCUUUCAAGUAGGUGCAGGUGUCAAUAGCAGCUUGGUGCUCAGGUUCAAAGCGUGCUAUGUUGCGAGCAAUUUUGUCAAGAUCCCUGUCUGAGGGAGAUGGUAAGAAGCCAUCAUGGGGAGGAGAGUAGGACUCUUGGUUUAAGGAUGACCUCUCAGGGUCAAGCAGGGUCCUGUCAUGAUGCUGAGAGAGAUACUUAAGAGUUGGUUUGGAAGGAAGUGAUGGCGCUCUCUCAGGAGGCUGAUCACCUAUCAUUUCUUCAAGAAACGUUUGCUCCAUGCGUUCUCUUUGGGCUCGACCCGACUGGAGGGAGCAUUGUAACUCUCUUUGGGCAUCUUCAAGUUCUUUGUCUGUCUUUUCUUGCCGUUCUUGACAAAGAAUUAACUGUCUUUGAGCUAUCUGGAGCUGGUGCUGUAAGGUAGAAGUUUGCUUCUCCUUAACUUCAAGAGCUUCAGCACGCACUUUGACCAGUGCUUUCAAAGCUUUUACAUCUUCUGUUGCUUGCUCUAGUAGGGAUUCUGACUGUAUCAGAUCCUCUGUGGUCUUAGCAAGCUGCUUAUUCGUGUCAUCAAGUUCUUUCUCCUUUUUGUAAAGGUUUUCAUUAAGUCUUUCAAUCUUGUCUUUGAGAUCAAGAUUUUCUUCAUGACUUAUCAGUGAGGGAAGCUUUGACGCUUCACAUCUGGCACUGUGUUUUUCUAAAACACUUAAAGACUUCUUAGUCUCCUCUAGCGUCUUUUUCAGAGCGCUGUUUUCAUCUUUUUGCGCCUUUAUCUUUGCUAAAGCGCAUUCCAGCAAGUAGUCUUUAUACUCAAUCUGAGAAGACAUCAUGACAGACAUGCAUCUAGUGAGCUCUUUGUCACGAAGUGUCGUGGUUAAGGCUGUUUCCAGUAAGUCAGCCAUUUCAUCCUCCGGAUUGGAGGGUUUGGCCUUAUGAAUCUUAGUCAUGUACUGAGGUAUCAGCUGACUAGUUAAGUUUGCUAACACUGUGUGUAUGUCCCUCAGGGGGUCUCCCUGGCUGGACUCUUUUGUGUUAGGCAUGUUUGGUUUAGGUAAAGAGGUGCAGGUGGUUGGUUGAUGAGUUUGAGUUGGCUUCAAAUGAAAAGAAGAAGCAAAAUAUCAAAUUAAGUGAGUUAAUCGACUUAAUUUAUCAGUGCUUGAUAAAGAGGAAGAGCCUAUCUGAGUAGAUCUCUAAUGGAGAGAAAAAUAACAUAAAGUUAAAUUCAUUUCAAUGAAAAUUGAAAUAAAACAAGGUGAAAUAAUGUUAAAUUAAAUUUAACAUCAGAUACAGAACCAUUGAAUAAAGGGUUCAAAUUGUCUCCGUGUUGCAGAGAUCAGCAAAGCUUAAAUAAACUGCCUGAUGCAGUUGGAUGAAUCUGAAACCAAUGAAAUUGUCAAUUUAAGGAAUUAACUCUGAAGUUAAUUCACAAAUCGCAAUAAAGCCAAAGAUUCAACUACCCAAUUCAUCUGAAAUGGUAAAAUAGAUUUCAAAUAUUAAUUAAUUUGUUCAUUAAUUAAUUAAUCUUAUGAGGAGGGUUAAUACAUUCAUGUAUUAUAGGGAACAGUAAAACUGCUCAAUGGUGUGAUAAGUAACAACAGAUCAGGUGAUUGAUUCAAGGAGUUACUUUAUCAAUACAUUAUGUAGGCUCUUAUAACAAAGAUAAAAAUCAAAAAUCAAUGAUCAAUGAUUUAGAAUAAGCACAUCAAACUUCAUCAACCAAGUCAAUCACUUGAGUUAUGUCUGUAGAGUGUUACACACUGACUACAGAGAGGCAGUACAGCUGGCUGAUACUGCAGGCAGAUAAUAGCAGUGUUAGCUCAAUACCAAAAACAACCAUGUGGGGCAGUAUGGAGUUGGGGUAACUGCACAAGCUCAACACAAGUGGAGAAGAAGAAGAGAAGAGGAAACAGUCAUCCAACUAGCCUCUUGUGGCUGUGAGGAGUUGGGAAGUAUGAAGGAAGGGGCCUUUAGGCUCUGCCUCCUCGAAGGGCCUUAUCUGCUUAAGGCCAAAUGGUCAGUCUCUCCACUGACAACAAAGGGUUAACAUUUCACAGCAGGCUGUGUCUGCACCCUCAAACAUAGAACCUUACACCAUCUGCUCAGGCAGAUUGGUUCAAUAAAAUCAUUUACAGGAACAAGAAUCAAAGUGACAAAUCCCUCAACAGCAGAUUCAACUGCAAACUUAAAAUCACAAAUGCUGCGAUUUGUGAACACAAAUUUUGUCUUAAUUCAAUCGAACAACAACCUCCCACUGUUACAGUGGUUUCCUGUGACAGGUAGUUAAUCUGUCAGGGGAAAGGAGGAAAUCUGAAUCCCAUAUAGUUACUAGAACUUCGUAGCAGACUAUAGAGACAAGAAUCAAAGUGACAAAUCCCUCAACAGCAGAUUCAACUGCAGACUUUAAAAUCACAAAUGCGGCGAUUUGUGAACACAAAUUUUGUCUGAAUUCAAUCAAACAACAACCUCCCACUGUUACAGUGGUUUCCUGUGACAGGUAGCUAAUCUGUCAGGGGAAAGGAGGAAAUCUGAAUCCCAUAUAGUUACUAGAACCUCGCAGCAGACUACAGAGACUUCAGGGGCUUGAAACCACAGCUCGGAGCAUCGCGAACACUGGGUUCAGCCAAAGGCCUUAAAUACAAGCGUACGGCGACGCAACAAUCGUGCACUUAAAUAUUGGACAGUCUAGACAGAGCAGAGGAGUCAGUCUCACUGCUACUCAGAACAACAUUUCACGCUGUCCAGCUCAAACACAGACUACAGGCAUGUAGUACAAAAGUGUGUGAAACACAGAGCAUAAAGGUUUUAUGCAUAGAUCAGGAAAACAUCAGAACUUAGUCAAGCAACUUCAGCAAGCAUAGCAUUGAUUGUGAUUAAGUCUAAAAUAGCCUGGGAAUAAGUUUCUCGCAUCAAUUUGGAAGGCUAAGUUUUAGGUUGUCUGUUAGUAUCCAGAAGUUUUGUUUGAAACGCCUCACACAGGGGCACCAAAAUAUAUGUAGUGAUUUGAAAUGAGCCUCAUACGGUCGCACCAAAAUAUAUGUAGCGAUUUGAAAUGAGCCUCACAAGGCCGCACCAAAAUAAUACUUGGCGAUUGGAAUUUAUAAUAAAUGUCUGAAGAUUAAUAAUCUCAAAUUGUGACAUUUAUGCACUCGUUGAAAGGGGCACCACCCACCCUUAAUGGUGGGAAAAUAAAGAAAACAAAAGUUUAAUUCAGAAAUCAAACAUCAAGUCAGUUUUAAUUAAUCAGUCUUAAUUAAUCAGUCUUAAUUAAUCAGUCUUAAUUAAUCAGUCUCAUAUCUUAAGUCGAAAUUCUAAUUUCAGGGACUCCACUUCUGGAAGAACACUAACAGACAGGAACUUAGAAAAAUAAUGAUCUGUUUAUUACAGGAUAAAUGAUGGUACAACACACAUGCAAUAAAUGAUGAUAAGAUAAUGAGGAUAAAAUAAUAAUAGGUGAAUAAAUAAAGAUUCUGAGUCAGGCUAGGAGCACUAAAGUUAAUGAUAGUGAGUGAAUAUGCGCUAACAUAUUAACCUACACUAACUUUAGUGUCGAGAUAAACUCGGAUGUGGAUUUGGAGGAAUCUAAGAUUACCAGAAUAAGAGGAUAUCUGAGUUGAACGCAGGAGACAGCAUCAGCCCUCUUUAGAGCUCUGGAGGUUUGCAUACUUAAGUGAGACUGGUCCUUGGAGAAGAUGGAGCAGGUUCCGAAGGUCCGGGCUACUGGCGGUUCGAGCGGUUCAGCUCAGAAGACGACUGAAGUCAGCCGAAGGAUGAGCCAGGAGUUGCAGCACUCAGGCCCGAAGCAAAAACCAGCGCCUGUGGAUCCUGUGGAUGCUCGUUUGGGUACUUCUUUAGUCUCACUCAAAAACUCUGGCACAGAGGAUGACCUGGGCCUGUUGGAUUGCGUUCGGAGGUGACUUUGAAAUCACGCAGAAAACUCAGAAAAACGAGGCUCGAAGAGCAGAGAAAACUUUCAAAAAUGGCUUCGCGAAAUUAAAGAAAAUCAAUCAAAGGCUUAAUCUUGAAUUGCUAUGUGCACAAAAAGUUGAAGUUUCAAAACUUGAACUAAGACGAUGUUAAAGAAAAAUCAACGUGAAUCAACACGUGGCGUAAAACUUAGAAGACUAAGAAAAAGUUCUAAGAGAAAGCAAAGAAACGCACCACAGAAGGGUGUGGACAGAAGAGAAGGGGCAUAAGAGCCGGGGACAAGAGAGUCAGCAGAAGAGCAGAAGCAUAAGAGGAAUAAGAGCUAAGAGAGAAUAAGAGUGAACAAGAGAGAGAAGCAUAAGAGAGAUAAGAGGAUAAGAGAGAGAUAAGAGACGUGAGCAACCCCACUCCACUGGUUUUAUCUUCUCACACUGGGAGUGUCUGAGGAGAAAAAGGAGGGGUCAUCGGGUCUCUGAUUAUUUGAUCUAACUUAUUCUUUUGGCUGGUAAAAGAGUCAGAUCUGAUACUCACUCACUAUGAUUAAUAUCAUUGAAUGCUUGGUUUCAUGAUAAAUAAUUUGAUACUAAACACAUAUGAAUGAAGUGUAGGAUCACAUCAAACAUUCUCAUUAUGUUUUAAGUAUCACAUUGAACAUGCUAAAUUACUCUGAAAUGAAACAGAUAGUAACACAUGGAAACUGUGAACAACAAAAGAGUAAAUACAUGUGAAUGAACGUCAUCAUGAUUAAUGAUGGAUUCUAAAUACUCACAUUCAGGUUAUUCAAUGACAUUAUAACCACCUAAUGGUUAAAAAUACUAAAUAAACGAUUAAAAUAUAGAACAAACAUUUCUAAACCAUUUCUGUUAAUUAGAGCUAAGUUAUGAGUCACAAUCAAUAAAUUUAACUCUUAAAAGUUCAUGAAACAGUCUGAAAAGCUGUUGGUCUAAAGAAACUAAAGAGCGAUAACUCGGCUUCUGGAGCACAUAGAAAAACGGGAAACAUCUCAUUUUAACACAAAUUUCAUGAUUAGACAGAUUAGUACAUUGCUGAAUGCAUAAGAUGUCAGGAUCAGUCAUUUGUAUUCUUUCACCAAAGGAAUGUAGUCUUUAUCAGUGUAUGGUCGAGCAGGGUUUUACGACCGAGGUCUGGAGGUCAGUGUCCCCCCCUUAUCCUGGGGUCCGUAUGUUCACACACUUUAAGACUGCUAAAUCUCAAAUGGGAGAUCUAGGUUGAGGUUAAUGUUUAUUUAGAUGGUCAGCAAAUGGAGUCAGUUUGAAAGGUAAUAAAACUCUGUCUCUGUUCUCCGAAUCGACCAAUCGUGAAGAGUCAGAGGUUAAGUCAACCUCCGGUCUUGGGUCAGUUAGGUAACCUGAAAGUGCACACAAGUCUGGAAAGAUUUAUAUCCUGUUUCCUGGGACCAGAUAAGGAAACUUCCCUUUGAGGAAUGUGUGAGUUUUACACCCAGGGUUGUCUUGAUUGCUACAGAGGACUCUGAGCUCCUGUGAAAACUGUGUCUUAGAUUCAAAGACCUCGAUGCAAACGCGGCGUUUGGUGGAACUCUUUAUUAUUAAUGUUUUGAUUAUGAAACUAAAGCUGACAGCAUCAGAGACACUAACAUCUGUGCUGUAUUUUGUUUUCUUUGCAGAGGUUCCUGGACGCAGAAACGAGCGUUUCUACGACUGCUGUAAGGAGCCGUACCCUGAUGUGACCUUCACCGUGGUGAUGAGGAGGAGGACGCUCUACUACGGACUCAACCUCCUCAUCCCCUGUGUCCUCAUCUCCACCCUCGCUCUGCUGGUCUUCCUGCUGCCCGCUGACUCCGGAGAGAAGAUUUCACUGGGUAAGAAACUACAACCUCUUAACCCCGAUCUCCACCUUCAUCCUGAUCGUCUCCUAAAAGGUCGUAUCCUCCGUAGCUGAUCGUAACCAUUCAAGUUAACGUGUCAAUUUACACCGACUUCUCUCCGUUCCUCUGCGGAUCGCCGGACUCCUCAGCUGAUCACAAGAGUUCUAUUUUUUCUGGACGCCGGUGGUUUUUAGACGUCAUUUCACCCCGAUGACACCAUGGAUGAGGAGAUGCUGAUUCUAGAAGUCUAGAAGUAGAUUUCCUCCUCUGGAAGGACACGAUCUACUGCUUAUAUGUCUAUGUGUCUGUCUUUAGAGAGACGACUCGUUAUCGUACGAUUGAACGUGAAUCUGCAGGUUCUUGUGAGUUCUUGCGAUUCCUGAUCUCUGUAAUCUGCCACGGAAUUCGCCUCACAAAUGGAUCCGGUAGGAAUUGGCGUACAGCGAAAACUGCCGCCUUUCCGGAUCGGAGCCGUUCCGGAUGCGAUGGAAAUCCCGGGUGACACAACAAAUCCCUCCAAACUUUGUGGUGCGUAGGUUCUCUCGUUUAAGUUUGUCUUGUUUUUUACAGGAUCAGAACAAAUCGUUCAGUUAUACCUGAUGUUCAAUAAUCAGUUCAGCUGACCUGCUGCCAACGUGAUCUGUGACUUUAUUUCACUAAAGUUCGGCAGAAGAGUUCAGAUGAAUAAAUUCAAAGACCGUCCCUGGAUGUCAUUGACCUGAGCCUCAUUAUUGACCCAGGACUUCAGGACCCAGUAGAACUGUGGAGACAAAGGACCACAGGAACCGUUUCGUUCCUAGAAGAACACCAUCAGCUCCGGUCCUCUUGGCUUUUACCUUACCCCUUUUAAAAGCUGACAGGACUGGAGGUCCGGGACUUUCCAAGUACUGGCCCCCCAGCAGUGACUGGGAUCAUGUAGACCCUGGUUUUAAGGACGUUUGCUGGUUCCUCCUUAUGAUCUUAUAAGGUGCUGGUGCUCUGGUACCUCCAAAUCCUAGACUAUGAUUGGGGUUUUCGCUUCAUCAGAGGCGGGACUCAUGAAACCAACUGUUGGGGCUUUAAUGUUCUCGUAGUAUUUCAUCUUUUCUUGGUUUGUUCUGAACAAAAAUGUGUUUACACUUUUGGCAAACAAAAGGUGAGUAAAUGUCUUUAAUUCAUGAUUAUGUUUCUUAAAUACACAAAGUCCCAUUUCGGCCACCCUACCUGAGAAAGUCUGGACACGCCCCUGUCUGGUUCCUGCUCUGCAAAUGCCUUCAAAAGUUCCUGAAGUGGUUCCCAGCUCCUGGAGAAAGUCCCGGCUGUCUUCAUCUUUUUAUUUCAGUGUAAGAGACUCAAACUGAAAUCUGUCGGUCUUCUUCAGAGAGAGAACUUCACUCUGACACCACGAAGACAGACGCUCAGAUUUCAGAGAUAUUAGAGAGAAUCUGAAAUCAUCGGUUUGCAGUUUUUCUGCUUUGAUCGUCAGAUUUCCCCCGAAGGAUUACGAAGCAGAUCAGUGAAGAGCUUGUUUGUGUCUUUGUCGGUCAAAAAGCUCAAAAAUAGGCCUCAGGUUUCGAUUUCACAGGUGCCAGUCAGAUCUCCUCCUCUCCAACUUCUGCUCGAACUGGCAGCUCAGCACAGAUUCAUCCGAUCAUGCUCAGUCUGGGGAAUUCAUCCUCUCAUUUCUGGGUAAACAUCCUUUUAUCUCAUUGAAACUUCGUCCAAUUUCCCUCGAACCUGAGCUCAGCAGCUGUUCAGUCGGAGCUGCCAGAGAACAUCGGGGGACCGUGAUGGACCGAGAGCUGCUGGAUUUAACCGAGGGAACGUUUGAGAAUCUGAAAAUAAACAGAUAGGUCUGCUUAAAGUGGUUUAGUGUGGUUCUGCGAUCAUUUUGGGUUCCUUUUUCACCGGGGAUGACGCAGUUCAAUGUGUUCGGUUCGGUACGAUAUCAUCUGGACGUAUUAUUAUUUCCCUCCUUUAUGACUCUUUUCACAGAUGAUAUUUAUCCUGUUCUUUAAUCUAAAUGUGAGAUGUUCUAUCGUUUCAUCUGGUCAUUUAAAAUCAUUAAUAUCACUGUAAAAAAUAAUACUUAUUGAAUCAUAUCACAUCUGACUGUGUAGAUUUGUACUGUAUCAUAUCCUAUGAUAACCAUAUCUAACUUCAUCAUGUCCUUCAUAUGUCAUAUUGUACCUUAUCACACUGUUUCUCAUCACAUAUCAGAUCAUAUUUAAUCUUAAUGUUUCAUAUCUUAUUGUUUUACACGGUUAGUAUGAUAUCAUAUUGUAUUAAAUUAUAACAUAAGGUAAUCACAUCUCAUUGUAUGUAUUGUAUCGUAUCCUAUAGUAUGGUUUGGUAUCAUAUCAUGUUUUAUUGAAAUGUAUCAUAUCUUAUUAAACCGUAUUGUAUGUUAUUGUUAAAUAUUGUAUCACAUUGUACCAAACUGUAUCCUGUCGUAUCUUUUUUUUUCUUAUUAAAUCGUAUUAAAUAUUAUUUUUAAUUUCUUUGAGGGAACCUUCCUAAAAGAUCCACAAAGUCGAUCUAAUCUAAUCUAAUCUAAUCCUGUCCUAUUAAAUUAAAUCAGAUCCUAUGCUUUGGUAUCAUAUCAUGUUGAAUUGAAUCAUAUAGUAUUGAAUGGUAAACCUAUCAUAUUAAAUUAUAACGUAUCAUAUCGUAGUCCAUCAUACCGUAUUGUACCAAACCUUAUCAUUUUAUCAGCUUAUCAUAUCGUAUUAAACCAGAUCUUAAAUUUCCCUUUAAAGGAACCUUCCCAAAAAGAUCAAAAAAGUCACUCUAGUCUAAUCUAAUCUAAUCUCAUCUAAUCUAAUCUAAUCCCAUGUGUCCUAUUGAAUUUAAAUCGUAUCCUGUCAUAUUCCAUGUUAUGCUUUGGUAUCAUUUCGUAUUGAAUCAUUCCUUAUAUUAAAUGGUAAACCUAUCAUAUUAUAUUGAAUUAUAAAGUAUCGUAUCAUAUCAUAGUCUAUCAUAGUCUAUCAUAUCCUGCUGAAGUGUAUCCUAUCCUACACAUAUCAUGUCAUAUUUGACUGUCCCACCAUAUCAUUACCUUCCAUAUUAUAAGAUAUUCUACCAUGACAUGUCGUAUCAUCACGUAUUUUCGUGACUUGAAUCUUGUUCCAUCAUGUUCUGUGGUUGUGUGUCAUUUUGUUUCGAUCUUAAAUCACAUUAUAUUGUGUGUGUUUCCAAACUGAUUGUGUGUCCUCUUUUUCUUAUCUGAUCAUAUUGUGUUAAAUCUCAUCUCAUACCGUCUCAUUGUUCAGUAUCAUAUUUCUCAUUUCCUCAUUUUGUGUUAUAUUCCAUCAGAUCAUGUCACAGCCCAUCCUAUAGUGUUGUAUUCUGUCUCUCUGUUCCUCUUUGGUGGCAGAGACCACCAGGUUGGGGGGGAUCCUGGGUUCUGUUCUGAAGGUCUGGACUCUCCUCUGUCUCUGCAGGUAUCACCGUGCUCCUCUCUCUGACCGUCUUCAUGCUCCUCGUGGCGGAGAUCAUGCCGGCCACCUCUGACUCCGUCCCUCUCAUAGGUAAGACCUUCACUCGGACCCUCGUCGCUCUGAUAAACCCCUCCUCCUCCUUCCCCUCUUUAACCUUUGACCUCUGUGUUUCAGCUCAGUACUUUGCCACCACCAUGGUGAUCGUGGGUCUGUCCGUCAUCGCCACAGUUCUGGUUCUGCAGUAUCAUCACCACGACCCGGAUGGAGGACACAUGCCUCAGUGGGUCAGUCCUUCCCCUCUUCUCUUCCUCUUUGGGACUCUGCGGUCCAAACGUGUAAUUUUGCGUCGUAUAAAUGCGUCAAAAUUUGCCUCAGAAUAUUUUGUAAUUUUGCGUCGUAUAUUUGCGUCGUUCCCGGUGUGUAAGGACCUUUAAUCGAAGGGCUGACUGGGCGGGACCUGGAGCUCCCUGAUCUGGUUUUUAGUCACACACUCCUGCUCUCCUGUGGGGGGGAGGCAGAUUUUAUCAUAGUUGAGUUUGAAGGGCAGAGCGCUUACCUCAGCCGUUUGAGUGUGUGUGUGUGUGUGUGUGUGUGUGUGUGUAGGUGUGUGUGUGUGUAGGUGUGUGUGUGUGUACUGAAGGUGUGAGUCAGGGUACGGGUGUGGAGCUGACUGCCCCUCUGAAUCUGAUGAAGACGAGGGAGGACUGUUGAGCUGUGAAGGUGAAGCUGAGAGGACGGAUCGGUCUCAUUUAGACUCUCUGCAGCAGGAGAGAGAGAGAGAGAGAGAGAGAGAGAGAGAGAGAGAGGGGGGGGGGGAGGGAGAGAGAGAGGGAGAGAGAGAGAGUGCAGGCUGCAGACGUCUGAGAGAGAGAGCGAUGUGAACAGACGUGUGAACACCAGAGGCACUCUCUCUCCUGAGAGAGGAUCUAGGAGAGAGGAGGGAAACCUGAUGACGCACAGACACGCCCCUAAUCAAAUCUGACUCACUGAUUGGAUGCUGCAGCAGCUCCGGUUUGACUGUCGUUCAUGAGUUUGAUAAAUUAUCAACAAUUUAAAGGAAAAGACACUUUGACCUUUGAGAGCCAAGCAUCUACUUUAUUUAAGGUCUAUUUACACACUGAUGCUCCUGCUGCAGCGGAAACACACGCACACAUUCACACACACACACACACACACACACGCACGUUUCUCUCUAAUGUAAACAUGUAUAUCUGGUUCUGCAUAAACAGUUUCUGAAUAAAUGAAUUUUUAUUGACUUUAUGUAAAUAUUUCUGUAAGUCGACUUAUAGAUGUAGUCUCUUCUUCUUUUUAAUGCUGCCACCUGAUCCUUCUUUCUUCCCUCUUUCUUCCUCCUUUCCUCUUUUUUUCUGCUAUCUUCCCUUUUUCUUCCUUUUUUCCUCCGUCUUUCUUCCUUCUUUAUUUUUCUCUUCCUUUUCUUCCGUCUUACUUUCUCUUUUUUCUUUCUUUUUUUCCUUUCAUUUUCCUUCCUUCUUUCUUUCUUUUUUUUUUCCUUCAUUCUAUUUUCUUCCUUCUUUCUUCCCUCAUUUUUCUUCCUUCUCAUUUCCUUUUUUCUUUCUUCUUUUUUCCUUUUUUCUUCCCUCUUUCUCUUCUUUCUUCUUUCUUCUUCUUUCUUCCUUCUUCCUCCCCUCUUUCCUCCUUGUCUUAAAUUCUUGUCCUGUUUCUGUUCUCUUCCUUCUUUCUUUUUUCUUCUUCUUUCUCUCCAUCUGUUUUUUUCACAUUAUUCUUCUUUUUCUUCUCCUUCUUUUCUUCACUUAUUUUGUUUCAUUAUUUUCCUCCUUCAUUCUCGUCUCCUCGUUUCCUCUCCUCCUCUCCUUCCUUCCUUUCCUCCUUCAGACUCGUGUGAUUCUGUUAAACUGGUGCGCCUGGUUCCUGAGGAUGCGGCGCCCCGGGGAGGCGAAGGUCCGCCUGGCGUGUCACAACGCCUCCAAGCGUCAGCGCGGCAGCUUGUCCAGCCUGGAGCUGAGCGUCAGCCAGGCGUCGCUGCGACAUCACACGCCCGUCACCAACGGCAACCUGCUGUACGUGGGCUUCAGAGGGAUGGAGGGGCUGCACUACGCCUCCUCUGCCGACCCUGAGCUCCUCUGCUCACGCCUCAUAGGAGGCGGCGUGGGCGGGGAUGAGGACAUGCUACGCGGAGGGGGCGGAGCUUCAGCGAGAGGAGGGGGAGGGCUGAUCGGAGGCUCGGCCCUUGAGGCGGAGCUAAACAUGAUCCUGGAGGAGGUGAGGUACAUCGCCCGGCGUUUCCGAGGUCAGGACGAGGAUGAGACGGUUUGCAAUGAGUGGAAGUUCGCCGCGGCGGUGAUCGACCGGCUGUGUCUGGUGGCGUUUUCGCUCUUCACCAUCCUCUGCACCAUCGGCAUCCUCAUGUCCGCGCCGAACUUUGUGGAGGCCAUUUCUAAAGACUUCUUCAGCUGAGGAGGAGCAGACGGACGAAUUCUGAUGUCUCUCUCUCUCUUUUUUAUAAAACAAACCGGAUGUACAGACCAAAACCAGCAAACCAUGACAUCAUCACCAGACGCUCUCCGACCAUCUCUGACCUUCAAACCUGGUGACCCUGUAAACGUCUCCGAGUGACUCCUGAAGAUAAAGUCACAUUUUCAUCUUUAGAUUAUCAAAAACAGACCUCCCUCUGAGUGGAACCGAUGGAUGUAAAGAUGGAUGGAUGUAAAGAUGGAUGUAAAGAUGGAUGGAUGCUCUCUUUGGAUGGAGGACCCACUGAACCCCCUCCAGGCUCUUUUUGACUCCUGCUGUGACGCUUUUUGUUUGGUGCUCAAAGAUGAGAUUCCUGAAGUUCACAUGAGACUGAGUUUGAGGUCUUGGAUGAUGUAAAGUGAGCAGGUGGUUCUGCAGAACAGAAUCUAGACAGGGUGAGCAGGGACCGUGAAGAGGUCUGAUCUCCACACGCUAACUCAUGUUCAUGUCUGCUCCUUUGAGGACAUUUCAGCCAAUAAAGAAGGAGAACCAGCUAAUCCGGAGGAGCAGGAGGUCUGUGGACUCAGAGCCGAGAGGAUCCCGGUGAACUGAGGAAACACUUAGAUUUUAAUUUCCUCCUUGGCAGCUUGGAGUCGCUGAGACCUUCACCAGAGUGACCGAAGACCACCCUGAAAGUGACGGACACAGACGCACAGUUUAAUCCGACUAAACUCAUAAUUCGUCUUUUUCUCUGAAUCCGACUUCUCUCCUCGUCCUCGUUUACAUGCAGCUGAGAAAACUGAAUUAUUGACGUGAACGUGUCCUCCUCCCCAACACUAGGGGGCGAUAUGGGUCUGUUACAACCGUCAACAACAACAGCAGGUCGGUGUCAGACGUCAGAAGUGUCUACAACUGCUGCUGGGCAUUUUGGAGAAACAAGAAGAUGAAGCAUCGUACAGCGUUGUUUUUGUCCGACAUGAUGGACGCGCUACUUUUUCUAAAGAUGAGACCAACGCUACUCCUCUACUCUGGGGGUUUUGUUCCGGGGUUACAGGGGCGUGGCAUCAUUCUCCGACUACGCUGGUUACAUGGUAGAGAAAAUCGGAUUCCAAUCUCAUUAUCUGGGUGUCUGAAUCUGAGUUCUCAAACUCCGAUUAUAGUCAGACUAAGGUGUUUACAUGACCUUCAGUUGUCCGGUCUUAAUCGGAAUAAGGCGAUAAUUCGGUUUUCUUUAGUGUCAUGGAAACGGACUGAGUAGAUGGAGGAGGAACCAACAGAAACAUUCACAGAAAACAAGUCAACGUUAAAACCGCCUCCCCUCCUGCUGCAACAAAGAGGAUCCAAGUCCAGUAAACUCAAACAGAAGGAGUCCACAAGGGGGGCGUAAUCCUGCUCCAUCUUACCGGGUAUCAGCAGGAUCUGGAUGUUUGUAGUUUUCUAAAACGUCACAGUUUCCUGAGCGAGACAGCUCCACUUGUCGGGUUUCUAAUUAGCGUAGCUGCCUGCUCACUGUCCGUUAACCUGCUACUUCCUGUUAGCAUUGUUGUGUGUGUUUACGUGGUCCCGGGAGUCUGGGUUUGUCUGAGUUUACCAGGUCCUGUUUUCAUGUUUUUGCAUGUCCUGAUUUCAGAGAUGAAAUGAAGUUUUUCCGCUCUGAGAAACCGAAGUUUAAGGACUCUGACAGAGAGCGGCGUACUGCUGCAUGUGUUCAUCACAUCCAGGUUUCUGACAGGCGCUGUUUCCUGUGCAGGUACGACCUCAGCUGAGUGACAUUACAGUAAAACAAACACAGCGAUGAGAGGGUCUGGGACAUGAGAGGGUCUGAGACAUGAGAGAGUCUGAGACAUGAGAGGGUCUGGGACAUGAGAGGGUCUGGGACAUGAGAGGGUCUGAGACAUGAGAGGGUCUGGGACAUGAGAGGGUCUGAGACAUGAGAGGGUCUGGGACAUGAGAGGGUCUGAGACAUGAGAGGGUCUGGGACAUGAGAGGGUCUGGGACAUGAGAGGGUCUGAGACAUGAGAGAGUCUGGGACAUGAGAGGGUCUGGGACAUGAGAGGGUCUGAGACAUGAGAGAGUCUGAGACAUGAGAGGGUCUGAGACAUGAGAGGGUCUGGGACAUGAGAGAGUCUGAGACAUGAGAGAGUCUGGGACAUGAGAGGGUCUGAGACACUGAGAGGGUCUGGGACAUGAGAGGGUCUGAGACAUGAGAGGGUCUGAGACAUGAGAGGGUCUGGGACAUGAGAGGGUCUGAGACAUGAGAGGGUCUGGGACAUGAGAGGGUCUGAGACAUGAGAGGGUCUGAGACAUGAGAGGGUCUGGGACAUGAAAGGGUCUGAGACAUGAGAGAGUCUGAGACAUGAGAGGGUCUGGGACAUGAGAGGGUCUGAGACAUGAGAGGGUCUGGGACAUGAGAGGGUCUGGGACAUGAGAGGGUCUGGGACAUGAGAGAGUCUGAGACAUGAGAGUGUCUGGGACAUGAGAGGGUCUGAGACAUGAGAGGGUCUGGGACAUGAGAGGGUCUGAGACAUGAGAGGGUCUGGGACACUGAGACUAUGAGGACUGAGAUUUGCCCUGUUUUCAUGGUGCAGUUAUCAAACUGUGCGAGCGUCACCUCCCACAGCCUCGGUGAAGAACAAACGGUGUAAAUAUGAACUCCUGUCAAAACAAAGAUGAAACAAACCGUUUUUCUAAUUAUUCACGCUGACAGCGAGAGCCGGGAGCAGAUUAUGAUUUCAGGGAUGAAACCUGGAUGAUUCUGAUCAUUCGCUCAUGAUGUGUUUGUUCAGGUGGAGCUGUCUGUCAGGCUGUUUACACGCUCAAACAAAACCUGAUUACUGUUCAAUCUGUCUGUAAAUAAACGUAUUUUCCUACUCAG